CUCAGAGCGGUUGGGCCAAGAAAGUUUACACCUCCGCCCUGCGCCAAACCACCGCUUCUCGCCUCCCUCGGAGCCCGCUGUGGAAGAGUCAACCCCGUGUCGUGGUGACGGGAGGGCGGCUGAGAGUUCAGGGAUUUUGCAGGACAGCCUGGAAGUCAGGGGAGGCUGCGGUUCCCAGUGUGAGGGAACAACCCUGCUUCAGAGCUUCUCUCCUCCUCCUCAUUCAACCUUCGCCUGAGGGUUUAUUAUUACAGACUCUUCCCUUGCCUCAAUUUACAGCCCAACUCGUGAAAGAGGCGGGGAAAACUGGAGUGAAGGUGGGGGGAGAGCUGCUGGGGGAGAACUGUGGAGCCAGCAGCUUUCUGUCGUUUCCCAAAGCGAGCAGAGAUUGGAGAGGAGGGGCAGAGGCUGGUCGUGUGACUUCAGGCCGGUGGGGAGAGUUGCAAAGUUUACUAUUCUGAGAGACCAGAGGGGGAAAGGCUGGUGCUUCAAGCAGCUAGUCCAGAGAGCUCCAUCCACCCGCUGAUCAGAAGCUCCAGGGAGCUGCCCGGCAUGAGAGUCUCAUAAAGGAGUUCUGUGCAACAAGGAACAAACUUCUCCAGCGUCUGAAAGUUUCCUAUGUGGCUGCCCUGCCUGCCAACAUGAAAGGUAAGCAAGGGAACAAGGCGUAUGGCUCUUUCAGAGAGUGUUGGGGAAGGACCUGGGCUGUGGGAGCAGGAGUCUGUCAGCAAAUGAACAUGUGGUGUUUAUUGUAGGAGCAAAUAUUUUUGCAAGCGUGUGCGUGUGUAAAACUGGAGCUGCAUCAGGUCCGUGCUCUAGUCCAUUAAUGAUGAAAGCUGCCGUUUGUUCCUCGAGAAAAGUCUGAGCUCAGCUUCUUGCUAGUUGUUUACAGGUCCCCCUUUUGGAUUUUUUUGGAUUGGAAAAAUCUGUCCAGGAGAAUGAAGUACUCACCCACACAACAAUUUCUGCUUUCCCCAGCACAUUUUUCUUGACCACCUAUCUUUUUUUCAUUCCCCCCUUUUCCCCUCCCCCUGCAGUUUUUCAGAGAGCGCAGUGGGGGGUUGCCAGCGUUUCAUGAUGUUCUUAGUAUUGCUUCUAGACAUCUGGCAAUGAUUAGGUUCUAGCAGAGGCUUAACUGGCUUGUGAAAUAUACUUGGCAUUCCCCCCUCCCCUUUCAAGACUGGAAAAUAUUUAGUUUGUAGGUUGCAUGUGCUGAAAAUCUGAAGUUUAAAGACUCGCCUUCACUUACAAAUCACACUUUGGCAUGCAUGCAUUGAUUAUGUUCUAUAGCUUGUGACCACUAAGUGUCACUUAAAUCAUUUAUGCUGCAGUCCUCUACCCACGUACCUGGAAACAUAUCCAAUUGGUCUCUCAGUAGCACUUACUUCUGAGUAGAUGUGUAUAAGAAUGCACUUGACAAUGAAAAUGAAAAGUGAGGACCUCUGAAUAAGUUUAGGACUUUGCACUUCAGAGAAUAAGGCAUCAAAGAAUGAUGUUUAGGAAUGUUUAGGAAGUAGUUGUGAAGCAUAGUUUUUCUUUAGCCACAGAAAUAAAUCUAAGCAGGCAACAGAAAUAUAUACUGUAUAAGGAAUCUGUGGCUGAGUAUCAGCCUGUUGCUUAGCUUGUGCUGUUUGAUGCCAAGAGGGCAGUAAACGUUGUGAUAGUUCUUUCCAGAGGCCAAUAAGAAUCCUGAGGUUGUUGACUUAGCUUGCCAGAGAGGCAGUCUAUGGGAGAAAGUAUUUUCUUUCACUGAGCCCACACACAUGUGAAAACAACUUUUGAAUGUCAUCUUGUGGGGAGUAAAGUACAGAACAUUGGAGAUGGUUAGCAAUUCAAAUGGUCUGUAGAGCCACCCGUGCUGUUAUUUCUGAUAACGCGUGGCACUACAGUGGUACCUCAGGUUACAGACGCUUCAGGUUACAGAUGCUUCAUGUUACAGAUUCCGCUAACCCAAAAUAGUACCUCGGGUUAAGAACUUGGCUUCAGGAUGAGAACAGAAAUCAUGCGGCAGCGGCAGCGGCAGUGGAAGGUCCCAUUCGCUAAAGUGGUACCUCAGGUUAAGAACAGUUUCAGGUUAAGAACGGACCUCCGGAAUGAAUUAAGUUCUAAACCCGAGGUGCCACUGUACUAGGAUGGAUGUAGUGGCGAUAACAACUGAGAAGCAAUGUACUUUUGCGCAAUACCUUAUGAUGUUGUUGUCAUACAGUGCAAGGAAUUAAGUCCAUUGUGGGAAUGAGAGCGGACUGUAACCCCAGCUUUAUUCUAAAUGUUACAAAGUGCACUGGUCCCAACAGAAGUUUUUCAUUGAUUCAUGCAUUUGGGUAUAAUUUAGGUCACAUGGGGAUUUUAGUGUGUUAACUGCAUUGCACACAAAACAUCUCUUUCCCUUGACUGGUACUGUGUCCACGUGACAUGCUGCAUAUAUGAUAAGCUACCACAUGAUGGAGAUUUGAGGUAGCCGCAGCUAUCUUAGGAAAAAUGUUGCUUUAAUGUUCUCAUAUGCAUGAUUUCUGCCUUCUUGCUGUGACACCUAUAGCCUGAGUUUAUGCAUGUUUGCCAGGAAGUAAGCUCCACUGAAUUCAAUAUUACCUACUUUGAAGAAAAUGUGCAUUGGAUAGCAAUUCUAGUGAGAUUUUUCAUCUGGAAAAAGUGGAAAAUGUAUCUGAAAUAUUGAUGCUUUUAAUGGAGAUUCUAUUCAUGUUGGAGGGUUGCAUGUUCUCAGUCUUCUUGGUAGGUCAUAAUGACUCUCUUUCUGUAAAAAAUUGCACAAUCACUUUGUGGAGUGUUUUUCCAGAAACUCAUAAGAAGGCCAGUAAAAUGAAAUCUUUAAAUUACAGAGUUAAUGAGAAACAUCCUUCAAUGAAAAUGGCAAAUGAACUGGUAAUGCAAGAGUUAUGAAAAUCAUAAGCAGUGCCAAAGCACCUUCCCUCUCUCCUGUUGCAUCCUUAACACACACAAUUGAUUUUCCACAUUUUUUGUUUAAAUCUCCUCCUUCAUAAAAACUUCUGAGCUUUUAUGUUUAGAAUAAUCACGUGUUCUAUUCAUGAGUAACAGCAGAGUUGACCUGCUGCUGCAGUAAACAUCCAACAUCCCUAGAGAGCUGAAAAUUAUCUAAAUAAUUACAUCACGAGUGAUUUGCACAAAAAUACAUUGGGUUGGAUCCAAUCUUCGUCAGAGUAGACCUAUCAAAAGCAAUAGGAUUUAACUUAGUCAUGACUGACAACUGUAAGCAAUUUUCACAUUGUGUGCCAAAAUAAUUUGGAUUAACAGGUAAAAUACUAGAUAGGCUACAAUACAGGAUGGUUGGGCCAUAUCUGCAAGUUGGGUUAGUUAGAACAAUUGAAACAUUAUUUAUGAAAUGCAUAUAACUUUUGUUUUAUUUAUAUUGGGCUGUAUCCAACCAAGCCAUACUCAAUAGAUUUAAAUGAGAUGUGACAUUUAAAGCACAUGGCUUCCCCCAUGGGAGUUCUAGUUUAUCCAUCACCAAGCUAUAAUUCCCAACACCUGUAAGUACCGGUAACUACAGUUCCCAUGAUUCUUUGUGGGAAGCCAUGUGCUGCAUGGUAAAGAAGCCAGACUCAUCUCUGGGAAUGCCACAACUUAGGGGCUGCCACGGAGAAUACCCACUCUCAGACCACCAACAGCCCAAACUUUUGUGAAAGGUAGAACUGCCAAGAGGGAUCCCUCUGCUGAUCUUCAGAACUGUUAGGGUCUGUAAGGAAGAAGGCAGUCUUUAAUAUACAGCAUGUAGCAAAAGUAAUAUGACCUGAGUGCUUAGCUUCCAGAAGUGUUCUAGCUGCCACAUUCUGUACCAUUUCCAGUUUCAGAUCCAUUUUUCAAGGACAGCAUCUGGAAGUUCUCUGUUCUGUAGAGAUUUGCCACAUUAACUUUUAAAACAAGAACUGAAAAAGACCAUCACGUAGUUGGGCAAGAAGAUACAGUCUCCCUCUAGUCACCAUUAAAAGUAUUCUAGUUUUGGAUUACAUAGCAUGCCUCCUACACAAGCAACUCAAUUUCCUUGCCAAAUUCCAACUUUCUGUAAGACUGGAUUUAAAGAAGGAAAAGGUCAGAAGAUUUUUUCUCUCUUAUGAGUGAAAAAUCAUUCUCCUUGAAUUACUAAGUAUUUGUUACAAUUCUGCCUUGCAUUAAGGACAUGGUUUGUCCAUGCUUUGAUUACAAUUCAUAAUAUUGCAAAUUUGCAAAUUCUUAUCCGUUAAAGAUCAAGAAUUAUUAUGGAAAUUAUCCAGAAACCUGAAUUGCAUUGUACCUACCCCAAUGACUUACAAAUGGAACAUUUUAGCAGGUAACAUAAUAGCAUAUUGUAGUUAAUAACAUAAUCUUAAACAUGCUAGUAUGGGAUCAUAAAACAAGAUAGCAACAAAACAAGUAUUCAUGUUUCUUGGCGGGAGGAUUGGUAAAGAAAAUAUAGUUGUGAGUAAUGGGAAUGGAUUUACCCAUUGAAGCCCAUCAUUGGUGCGGGCUCAUUGUAGCAUCUCAUAUUUUCAUUCAUAAGGGAUGACCCUGCAUUGUGUAUCUUUUUAUGUAUGUGAAACUUCCCCAUGAAAUGAAUGGGAAGAAUCCCCACCUGCUGUCGCAACAUCUCUGCAUGCUCAUUAGAGCACACACAUAGAUUGCUGGAAUUAAUCUAGACUACACGUUUUGGUACUGGUUGGCUCUGCAACCCUGAAGCAAGGCAGCAUAUAUUGCACCUAAGCGUAUCCAACAAGUAGCUGCCCAACCCUUCCUUCAGAACCUCCAGGGUGGUUAUUUCGCUCUGGAAGCUAACAACAUUUGGAUGGUGGUGGCUAUGCCCCCUAGAAAACUGAUGGGAAGUAGACAGCUUCAAUAUAUAUAGUUAUAUUGCAUCUUCCCUUAUGUUCAACCUGUAUACAUGUGCAAAUGAAACCACAUAUUACAAAAAUGCUACUAAUGGCCUCAUUCCAAGGAAACACAAUCCAGGUAUUCUGGAGUUCUCACUGCUCUGAGAAUUCUAACAAUACAGUAUAUACCAAUUCUCAAAUCAAUAGCAACAAAAGUGACACAGUUAGGAUGAAGAGAAUGACUUAGGAGGUGCCCUGUGUCAGGGGCGGAUGUUGGUCUUUCAAACUUCAGCAGUGCCCUGUGCAAGGCCAUAAUUUGGCACACACACACACCUCUCGCCCUCCAUUCUGCUCAGUUCAGUACGACCAUCAUAGCUGUGAUGCCCUCUAGUUGUGCAGUGCCCUCAUGGCUCAGUGCCCAAUGCAGCAGAACCAGUCAUGCUGUCCUAAAUCCACCUCUGUCUGUUUGAGCAGAAAGGCGCUUGCAUGUGCAUAAGGCAAGCGUCCUGAAUUCUGUUGUAGCUCAUUGGACUAGGGCACAGUGGGUUUCAGUGGGGAGGAGGAACCAGAAAAACCCUGUUGUGUGAGCUGAGUUUAUCUUGUGCUUAAUCUGUCAGUAGCUGCAGCUCAAUGUUUCAAAAUUCUUGCAUCAAGCUAUCUAGAUUUUCAGGAUACUUUAACUUUUCUGCAUUAAAUUGUCUCGAGUUUUCAAAACAUGGGUGCAUGAAAAGGACAAAAUGUUUAUGAAAACUCAACAUGGUAAAAACCAGGAUGCAGUUCAAGAAGAAGUGGAAUCUGUGUGCAAAAAUAUCCAGCUCUUUAAAGUGAAGCAAGCAAUAUGGAAUGGCUAUGUGAAUGCAUUAGAAGGGCAGGAUAUUGAUCUUUCGAGUAAAUAAAUAAAUGGAACUGGCUGAAAUUAAAACAGGCGGAGAUUGGAAUCUGUUUUUUAGGACUGAGGGAUCAGAACACAAAAUUACUUUCCCCUAUGCACUGCAAACACAUCUAGUAAACACCCAGGAUAGAUUUACUGCAUAUUUUAAAAAGUCAUUAUUGUAGCAUUAAGUAUCAAGUGCAGUCUCUUAUCAGUAAUAUGCUGUAAAUCUAGGUUUUUAGUGUCUCCCUGUUAGCUGUUCAAAUGUUAACAAAAAAUUGGCCUAGCCAAUUCAAAUUCUUCAUUAGUAACCAAAAUAGGAACUUGCUGAGAUUUGGUAGAGAAGUGAGUUUUGUUUCAAAAUCAUUUUUUACUGUAAAAGCGUCAUGCUUAGUUUCAAAACUCACUCUUGUAUACAUGUGGUCAAAUCCCAAUAUAGCAGUGAGUGGUGGUUGCAGUUAGAUUAUUAAUGGUCACAUUUGCGCUUAAUGAUUCUCACAUUCUGAAUACUCUUCACCAAAAACAUGUUUGGAUUACUAUUUGUAUUUAACACGACAUGUGCAGCAGCUCCCUCUCACGUGCGCCAAGAAUGACAUCAAUAAAACUUCAGUAAGGCUGUAACAGUCCCACUGAAAUCAUACUGAGAUUCAAGGAACUCAUGGGCCUGACAGACUGCCAGAGAAGGCUGAAAAGCUAUAUGGGUAAGAGAAGUUUGGCUUCAGCCUCAGAUUUUCUUGGUCACACAUGGUCCAUGACAAAUGUACUGUUUAAAAAUAUAACACCGAAGCACAAAUCACACCAUUUUACAGAUUUGUGUGGUGCUGCAGUACUUGCAAAUCUCUGUGUGUGUAUUUAAAGUGGAAAUAAAACUAACCAACCUCGGUCAACACAUCCUUUCUGAAUGCCCACUUCCAUAAAGUGUUGAGCCAUAAUGUUAUUAGCUGUGUCCCCAGCCCCAAAUAAAUAAUUAUAUUUAGAGUUUACUCUUGUUAAAUUUUGAUCACUGGUAGUUCAUUAAAAAUCUGAAAGGUACCUAGUACUUCCACUUAGAUAUGCUAGGAGGGUUGGAUUAAGGAAUUUGGAAGUCCCAUGCUUGGUCAUGUUUCAAGAUCUCAUUCACCAAGUAGGAUGCCAACCAUAUAUAUGCCAAGGAGAGAUAGGCAGAUCAUUAAAUUUCCUGUUUGUGCCAGUCUCUCAAAUGUUCAUUCAUAAGUCUGUUCUUUCUGACAAAAAUGGAAACAGAAGGUGCUCGCUUAUUUGGCCCAUGACUGGAACAGAAAUCAAUCCAGUGAAAACCAAUUGGUUGUUGUUGUUGUUGUUUUCCAAUCUGCAAAUAUCGCAUAAUUGAUGAUGGGUCGUCCCCCCAUUUAAAUUAUGCUUCCUUUGCAUUGAUUGAAUUGAGUGGAAUUAAUUAUGUUAAAUUCAUAACUUACAUAAAUUAUGUAAAAUGACAUUAAAUAGCAGACAUUGAGAUGAAUAAAUGGUAUUUGGUAGAAACUGAAUUGUGGUUGAAGGGAAACAGCACUAAUUAUGAUGAAGGAAGAUGGGAAUGGAAGUUGCUGCCUUCUUAAAUGGCUAUCUGCUCCAUGCCAAUUCCACAUCCAUCUGCAUUUUAAAAAACUUGUUUUUCAUUCAUUUCCUCUCAAAGAUUCAUCUUUAUAUGUGUUGUAAAUGGGUUGUAUACAUGGUUGUAUACAUUUCAACCCCAAAUAUAUGUUUUAUAGGAAUUUUGGUAAAGGAUAAAUUUGUUCCAACCCAUGUAUUAGUCUGGGAAGUGUAAAUCAGAUCAGUUUCUUUAAAAUGUGGACUGAAUGAAAUCUUGGAGCAUCCCUAAUGCUGAGUACUGCCCUUAAUCUGUAACAUGAGGGGUCCUAGGGUUCCAGCCAGCCUGCUUGGAAAUCUUCUCUUUCUCCCAGAGGUGUGAGAGCUGCUUAAAGUCAUUCAGUAGUUAGGUAAAUGUGACACAUGCCUAUAGUUAACUCACUUCAUGGCUGAGUUUGAGCAAUCAUUUCAUGGGGAUUUUAAACAGUUCUGUAAACGAAAUGUGUAUUUGUGUUUAUUAAAUGUCUUGCAUGUGUGCAUGGUUUUCUCUUUCUCCAAACUCACAUUUUAACAUCACAACAAUCCUGUGAGCAGUGCCAGAUUAAACCCUGUGGAGACCCUCAAGGCAGUCGCAAUAUUAGGCUCCCUCUCAAAAAUUAUCUCCUAAUACGUUUUUGUAAUUUUAUUUCAAGAUCAAAUCAAUAUUAUUUUGAUCCAUUGUCACAGGGCCCGCAAAAGGCCUGAGGCCCAUAGGCUGGUGCCUACUCUGCCUAUUUGUUAAGUCACUGCCUGUGAGGUAGGUUAGAUUGAAAGAACAGGAAUGCCCCAUAGUCACUCUAUAAGCCACAUGUCUGAAUGGAGAUUAGAAUCCAGAGUUCCCUAGUUCUCUAAGCAUUACAGUACUCUGGUCUCUGGGGUACUGAACAAAUGUCAUACUCAAGCGGCAUUCGCCGAGUGUGGACAAUUCACUGGAGUUUCCUUUGUGAUCUGUUCUAUGCCAAAGAAUUCAUGCCAAGGAUUAAUAAACCAAAGGUCCAGGGCUAAAUUCCAGCGCCGGGAUUCCAGUGCUUCAUAAAAGAAGGUGUACCUGACUUCCAGGUCUGGGAAUCUAGGAACUCAAGCCUACUUGGCCUUGGCUAGAAGUACUUGUGUUUCAUUGAAGAAAAGGAAUGACUCACCUGGAGCCCCACCACCAAUUUGUGGUGUCCUUACAUCAGCAUCUCAUGCAGCACUUAUGAUGAUUAAAACAGAAAAACAAAAUUUCCUUUGCUUGACUACUAGACUUUUUAAUAUUAGCUUCAAGAAAAAGCUGCUUCCAAGCAAUAGGGGAUCUUCAUAGACUUAACCCUUUUCACAAAGAUUGCCCCUCCCCUCUGGCAAUUAGGUUUGGAAAAGAUGCAUUGGUUUUUUUCCAAGCCUCAUUGCUGAGGAGGUAUUUGUGUGAGUAGGAUGAAUGAAUAGUUGUAGGUUAUGUGUAAUAGUGGGUGUGUGGUGCUUGAUAUGUGUGGAUGUGUAUGAAAAUGCUGUGUGACUGGGUACAUAUGAGUGGGAGUGUGUCUGUGGUGGCCUUUCCACUUUUUGCAUGUCCAUGCCCACCCAUGGCAUGAGGCCUCUGGAAGUUUAGCCACGAUGGAAUGCGGGUCUGAUGUAAUACAUAAUUAACUGCUGGACUUAAUUGUCACAAGAUGUCAUUUUUUCUAGACCCUACAACAAAAAAAGAUUAGUCAGAUUCAUAGAGGACAGGCUUUGUCAGUGGAAACUAGGCAUAAUGGUGUUGUUUUUAAGCCCCAUUCUGAAUUUGGACCCUGUUGCACUCCUAAUUAUAUCUUUUAGGGGACUUAAUGGGGCUGAAUUCUUUCCCACAUACUCUACCUGCAAGCUCCCUUCUCUUCUCACUUACUUACCUUGUAGCAAACAGCCUCUCCCUCUGUUGUCUGGCAUGCUGUAGCAGCAGCCUCUACAAUGCAGUCAUACCUCGUGUUGCGUUCCACUCAUUAUGGACUUUCAGCUUACAAAAGUGUUUACUUCCGGGUUCACCGCCCACGCAUGCACAGAAGCAAUCUGUGUGCUUUGCGCACACGCAGAAGUGCUCAAUCACGCCACACACAUGCACAGAAGAGGCGCUCUAGUUGCGGACUUUUCAGGGUGCGAACGGCACCCCGAAACAGAUUAGGUCCGCAACUAGAGGUACCACUGUACCAGAAACCCUGAGAAAUGUUGUCUAACAGACUUAUGUGCCUUAAGAAAAUUGUGUUUCCCAGGGCUUCUGGCACCACUGCAGUGAGGGAAGGUGGCUUGAGGAGUCCAGUGUCAGGCAGAGAGGAGCCAUAUCAGGCACCACAGCUCUGGUUCAGUCCAAGACAGAGAAGAAUAAGAAUAUGGGGAGAAUUACUGGGUGCCUUGUAAUGCAAACAUAUUAUGAAUGGGAAAAGUUUGUAUCUUGGUCUAGGUGUUUUGAAGUUUGGCUUCGUUGAUCAUUCAGGGGAAGUAUACUUCUGACUGGAAAUAAACAACAGGUGACUGUCACUGUUGUGCCCUGCUUUUAGUGCGUAAUAUUUCUGCUGUAACUGCAAAAGUUGCAGCAGUAUUUUUUCACAUUACAGUUCAGAUACAAGUUCUUUUAACAUGUUUCUAAUUUAGCUAGUCUCAUACUUGUUUUCAUUCAUGCUGCCUGCUUAUUUAGAAUUAGAAAAUGUCAUGUAUUGUGUGUUCUCGUUUGUCUAAAUUGGUCAACGAUCCCAGUAAAUUAAUUCGAUUUGUGUCCAGCUUGUGAGUUUCCCAGAGAAAUCUCAAUGGCCAGAGUCAGGACUAGCAAGCAGUCACCUUGACUUUGUUGCUUUGAAUAGGAUGUUGCAGUAUAUGCAGCCAACACUUGCACCAUCUUAACUUGACUGAACUUGAAUAAAAUCCUUGAAUGACAAAGUGUGAGCCUCAGCUUUUGAUUCUUAGUAGACUUGGCCCAUAAUCUUGACACCAGACAUUCAUUUAUUUUACUCUUUAUUAUUACAUUAUAUCCCACCUUUCCUCCAAGGAACUCGAGGUGGCGUACAUGAUUCUCCCCUCUCUCCAUUUUAAUCUAACAACCCAGAAAUUGUUGGAUUCCAGUUCCCAUUAGUCCCACCCAACAUAGCCUAUAGUCGGGAAAGAGGGUUAUUGUCCAAAAUGUCUGGAAGAUACCAGGUUAGGGAAGACUGAUGCAGAUUUAGGCACAACUUCUGCAGUUAUGAGGCAGAGGUUCUUUUUCAUUCACAAAUGAUUAGUGCUGAACUUCCCAGGUUUCUUCGAAACAUCUUUGGGAUCAAUAAAAAAGUCAUGGCGGCCAUGCAUAGAUGAUGAGUUGCCUAGGCCAUUUUUAGAUAGCACACAACCAUGUAUUCAUAUUUUGAAAGCAGAAACACAUGCUGACAUACAUUUAUGGCUCUGUUUCUGUAUUUGUCUUAAAAACACCACAAGUGCACGCCAUAAGCAAAAGAUUUAGCAUGAAUCAUUACAGAGUCUUACUGCCAAGCAGAGAAAAACUAUGCUUUAAAAAAGAAGUCACACUCUUAUAAGGUUGCAAAACUAAUUAAUGCAAUGGUCCAGGAUAGCUAAAUAAAUUCCUGGCAAGGCUGUUGGGCAAACCAUGAGUAAUUAAUUGGCUUAAACAAACCAUCUAGCGUUUGGGGGGUGGAGGUGUGGAUUUCCAGAAACAAGCAUAGCUGGCUAUUUAACUCUUUCCAGGCCUUACAUGCCAAGCUCUACUUUGCCUUGCAGAUCUACUGUAGUAAAAGCACCAUUAAGAAUUUCACUUACCCACAGCACACAUUCUUUGUGUCUAGUCAUUCAAAUUAGUGUUGAUUAAUAAUAGAGCUGAAGCCAAUACAGCUGUAUGCCCUGAACAACUGCACUUUCCAUGUUAAUAACUGUCUUGUGCCAUGUGUCAACACAAAUGCUAAAGUUAUAAUGAAUGCCAGAUAUGUUUCUUCUGCAUUAAAGACAUGUACUAGUGGUCUUUGGAAUGGAAGAAAAAGGGUGAGGAAAGGAUAGUGUCAUAUCAGUAAUAGGUAAUGGAAUUGUUGUUGCUUUCCUUAUUUGGUAAAGUCCAAAGCAGUUUAAUAAUUUCUAUUGUUCUCAAGAAAAUACAAAAGGUAAUAUAUAAAGGUAGAGGUAAAGGGACCCCUGACCAUUAGGUCCAGUCGUGACUGACUCUGGGGCUACGGCGCUCAUCUUGCUUUAUUGGCCGAGGGAGCCGGCGUACAGCUUCCAGGUCAUGUGGCCAGCAUGACUAAGCCGCUUCUGGAGAACCAGAGCAGUGCACGGAAACGCCGUUUACCUUCCUGCUGGAGUGGUACCUAUUUAUCUACUUGCACUUUGACGUGCUUUCAAACUACUAGGUUGGCAGGAGCAGGGACCGAGCAAUGGGAGCUCACCCCAUCACGGGGAUUCGAACUGCGACCUUCUGAUCGGCAAGUCCUAGGCUCUGUGGUUUAACCCACAGCGCCACCCGCAUCCCUGACUAGAAAUUACACUUCUGCCUACAAGCCAACAAGCAAUCUGAAGCAGAUUACACGGAGAACAUAGGAGCCAGCUGCAGGGGGCCCUGGGUGCCUGGGUACCCAUAAUAAUAAAAUUGUGGGGGCUGGGCACCCACAAAGUCAAUGAGAAAAGCCAGCAGGUAGCAGCGGCGCUGCCUCCAAGAGAGAAGCAGUUCAGCUCUGUCCUCCACAGCCAGCCAGUGAGGCCCUCUUUUAUGGGGGGGCCCCUCAAACACUGAGGCAGUGUCUCUGCCUCUGAGUCUGAGCCCAUCACCACAGAAAAGGGUCCCUUGCUGGCUGUAGGUAGGAGAAGCUACCACCACCAGCCGCCACAAUGCAGUGUGUGCAUGUGAUGUCUCAUGUCCACGUUGUGGUGGCAGGCACCCACAAUCUUAAGGCACCCCUGUUGGACAGCAAUACUGGAAGCAAAGUCCCUUAAUAUUGACUGGAUACUGAAAACCCUUCAUAAUAGCAGUAAAAUAAACCCCACCCUUACAUGGCACUCCAAAACCAAUCCAUAUUAGGGCAGGAGAUAUAUGUGUUCCAAUGCUGGACAUACAUUUUUUGUAAGUAUGCAUACAGACACAAACACGCACACCUGGCUUUGAGUGUAUGAAGUGUGUAAACUUUCUCUCUUACCUGCCGGGGUACCCAGUAACUUGGCAUAGUAGUUUCAUAGAGAGUAUUGUCAGGGUUCAGUUGUAGAUCUCAACAGCUACAUAAAACCACUGGCAGUUGUUGUUUACAACUUUCCCCUUUUGGGCUGUUUGGUUUCAACAAAAUUGUUUUCUAUGUCUUCUUUAUUUGUUUUUAAUGUUGUCAGUUGUUGGUGUUAUAUUAUUCUAACUUAUUCAUUCUUGGAGUAGAUCCACUGAUAUUAGUGAGGCCUAAGUUAGCCAUGACCAAUUUAUGUCCCACUGAUUUAAUUGGGUCUACUCUAAGCAUAAAUAUCUGGAUCCAACCCAGCAAGUUUAGACACUUAGCAAAUUAUAAUAAAUGAUGAUGUCAGAUAAAUGAAAACCUGGCAAGCCUGCUGAUUACAGGCCUUGUUCUGUCUAUGGAAGAACUAGACCACAUGAAGCAUAAGAUCAGAAACUUCAAAGCAUCUUGCUAGGAGGUCUUCAUCCUCAUUCAUAAAAGAUCCUUCUUUUUUCUUCUAACACAGGACAAGGGUUAAAUCUCUGUAUUUGUUUGCCUUAUUGUAGUUGCAGCAGUGAUGUAUUUCAAGCCAAGUAUAGCUUGCUUUCUUGGAUAUUGUUUGGUAAGUGAAAUUAGUCUGUUCUAUUAAACUAUGUGCUGGACCACCCAAUAAUUUCCACACACAAGCUGCUGAGCAUGACCAGAUGGUUUUGUACUUUUGAUUCCGACAAACAGAACUCCAAAAGUUAUGUAUCAACUAAAGAUAGAUGUUUCAAGGGGUGGGUGAGGAAAAUGCCCUUGAUAUUUUUCAGAUCCCACUGAGCCAAAGAUUUCAUUUAAGUGCAAAUUCUAAAAAGAAUUGUCUACAAAUGUUUAGUUCAAACAUAUAUUAUCGUACACUAUAUUAUAUGCCAGAGACUGUCAUAUACUAAUAUAAAAUUCUGCCUUUGUUUUUUAUAUGUAUACACAGACGAUUUUGCAGAAGAAGAGGAGGUUCAGUCCUUUGGCUAUAAGAGGUUUGGUAAGUAAAAUCCUCACAUUUUCAUAGUGUUUAAACUGAGAAGAAAAACUUCUUCAGACAUAGCACAAAAGUGUUGUGAAUGUUUAUGACUAGCAUGUAAUUCAAACUUUAAAAGGAAGAGACAAGAUAUUUGACUGGAGGUUGAAAGUGUUGGAAUACGUUUGGAGAAGAUGUGUUAGUUCUAUAAAGUUUACUUAUUAUAGGGAACUGUUUUCAUCACUUGCUUAUUUAUGUCAUUGUUUUUGCCAAUCAUUGUGAUUCAGAAGGAAUCGUUCUUUACUAGCAACUGAGAGCCAUGCCAUCUUGAUACUAUGACUUAAGUCACUUCCUGACAUUGGUCUUAAUAGUGACAGUAGCAACAAGAGAAGGCAUGAAACACAAAGUGCAUUAUAAAAGUAUUGUUUCCUGUUGUGAGUCUGAAGUACCAUCAUUGUUCAGGUACAACAAUAGCCUUCCCAACUCUGUGCAUCUCCUGCUAGCCCAUGUGGACUAACGCUGAGCAGAAUGGGGAAUUUCCCCCUUCCCCUCUACCCAUGUGGUUUGUGAGUGCUUGGUAUCCUUACCUAGUACCUUAAAGACCAUUUGCAACAGCUGAUGAUAAUUAAUUAAUUUAUUAAUCACCUUAUAUCUAUAUAUAUCUCAAGUUGAUUUACAGAUUAUCAUAAAAGCAGCUAAAACGGUUUUCAAAAUAGUACAGAAACAGCUGAAAAUAUAACCACAUAAGCUUUGUGUAAGCGAGUCAUAAUGAAUGCUCAAUAAACAAGACUGGAGGAGCCUUGAGUUUUAAAUUGGAAGCCUUUCCAUUGACUUCCAGCAUGGUGGCUUUGUAGUGUAUGAAAAUGUAAUGUCCUGUGAAUAAUUUAAAAAUACUGCUCCGCAAUACAACGAAGUAAUAAUUAAGCAUUGAAGCUGAGAAGCAUUUUCAAGAUCUAUUAUGUGACAGAACAGGUACAAAUAUCUUAAGUUUUCUUUUGUCCCCCAUGAAUUGACCCACUUUAAACUAUAGUAAAUCUCUUCUGAUGAUUUCAGAAGUAUCAUAUUACUAACGAGAGAGACAGUAGAGUGGGAAGCUUUUAUAGUGUUGGCAGCAGGAAGGAAUUUAACAGACUGAACUAAAACAAGGAGAGGGUAAAGACAUUUUUACCCUAUCCCCCCUCUCCUCAAAUACACUUCAGGGACACCUCCUCACUCUAGGAUUCUGUGUUCCUUAGAGGUUGAAGGCAAUCUUAUAUUUGGAAGAAAGCUCUUUUAAAAUAGUCUAAAUAGUGAAUUUUCCCUCCCUCAACAAACAUGCAAUCCCACAUCCUCUGUCCGUGGGAUCACUAACUUAUUGAGUUCACUUGAAAUGCCAGAUUAUGCUACCAUUCCCUGCAAUAGGCAAAACCAUAGUCUCGCUGAAUUGAGCCAAAAGAGUAUUAAAUAACAACCAGUGUGGACUCUGGCCUUCUUUGAAAGUGCUUGGAGAAAUAUGAGCUUGUAGUGUGUGCUGUGUGUGUGUGUGUGUGUGUGUGUGUUUAUUUAAACAGUGGAGGAAAGUCACAAGGUUAGGAGAAGUUCUUUGUCUAAAUUUUCAUCUUCUUCUGCAUUUAAAUUAGCUUAGAAAGUAGAUGACUGAAGGGACAUGUUGAAUUCACGAGUCGGAAGGAAAAUAAAACAAAAUAAAACAAGUUCUGUACAAGUUCAGCGCCAUCCAAGGCUUAAGACAAUGAGAAGAAUCUAAACAUCUUCCUUAAAACAUAGAGAUUGUAUGAACAUACAUAUAAGUGCAAUGUGUCAGUAACUCCUAUCUAUGGAAAUUUGUUGAAGUACAAUCGCCUUUUGCCAGUGCCACAUACCUCUGACUGCAAGAGGAUGAGACCACAACAUGAGUAAUUGAUUUUCCUGGCAUGCCCCUGCUUAUAAAAACUCCCCAUGACAUCUGGUUGACCUCUGUCAGCAGAUGCAAGAAUGCUGAGUUAACUGGACCACUGACCUGACCCAACCUGGUGAUUUUUAUGCUCUUAGGAAUAGCUCCUCAGUGACAGAAUGGUGUGUUCAUCCAUUCCAGGGAUACUAUGGUGUGCAAAGGAAUCGCCAAGAGUGACCGGUUUGCUGAUUCAGAUGUUCAUUAUUCUAGUCUGCCGUGUUAACACGAUAUAAAUGACAAAGCACCUUUUCUUAUCACUCUUAGUUAGACAUCAGUCAGGGAGUAGCUUCUUUGAAGGCAACUGCUCCAGAUAAUGAACCAGAGAUUUAUGUAUAUUCUGGGAAGCUGCCACCAGAACGAACCCCUUCCUAAACCAGGAACUUUUUGUUUUAAAACACCCAGUGAAAAAAAUUGUGGAAGAUGACUUGUCAGAGAUAGAGUUAUACAUGUACUUCCAAGAAUUCCCUUUGCUAUUUAUUUAUGUAUUAUAAGGGAACAUUGGUUUUGAUGAUACAUAAUUGCUUUGCAUUUUAAAUCUAGAAUUACACCCAUCACGAUGGUGAUGAUAAUGAUACCAUUUUCCUGGUUGUUCCAAAUUGUUGUUCUAUGAGGGGGUGUCCUGUGCAGAGCCAUCAUCAUCAUCAUCAUCAUCAUCAUUAUCCCAUUUCUCACUGAUAGUUCCCAUAUAUUUUCACCCAUUGCAAAGAUGUCCCUAUAGGAAAAAGCUACCACCACCGUACCAUUUUGUUAAUUAUUCCUCUAUAGCCCUAGUAUCAGAGGUAGUGUUACCAUGAAUUCAGGGGAGGGGGGGAAUCUAGAAAGUUGAAAAAAAACUAUUUUACAAAAUGUUUUGAUGGCUGUUCUUUGUUUCACAAUUCUCAUGGUCAUGAAGAAGAAUGGGGCAGCUGUGUGUACCAUGCACUGUUUUCCAGCCAGUGGUUCUUGACCCCAUGGGUGUCACAGGAUGGGUUGAAAAGAAAUUAAAACGAUGUACUAAACCAAAGUUUAUAUUUACACAAAUAUAUUUUAAUAUAGGAGUACAACAUUCUUUUUCAGUCCUUCAAGAAGAUACGUGUGUGUGUUUGGCAGCCACUAGAUAGAUAGAUAGAUAGAUAGAUAGAUAGAUGGUUUUGUUGCUUUGUUGCAAAGAUAUAAUGCUGCAGGUGGGAUACAGCUUUUUUAUAAGUUUGUUUCCAAGUGCAACAAACAUACAGUAUACCUCAAAUAGUUACAGUAUUUUUUUAGCUUUGCCUUUGGGUUAAUAUAUAGUAUCUGCAGUACUACACACAAAUAUGUUACCUCUACUCCAUUCACAAAAAAUGUUAAAAUUACACAUUAUCAAUUAAAAUACUUUUUUAAAAGUGUGAUUAAACUGGCCACCUUAUUUUGAAGAAAUAGCUGCCUUGAGAGACCCAAUCUGGAUUCAUUGCAAUUUUCUGCUGAAAGUCACUUUCUUUAGCUGAUACCCCACUCCCCACCCCACAAGGCAAACAGCAUCUUUGGGUACAAAUAAUAGCCUGGAGUGGUGGUCACAAACUAUUUUUCAAGUGCAAAGAGGAUCACUAGUCUAAAAAAGUUGAAAGACUCUGAUAUUGUGUGGGGUACACGUACACACACACACACACACACACACACAUGUUCUGUAGAUUUGCUAUGAUUCUGCUGACCUUAAAUCACAGUCCUAAGGCAUGUUACCAUAGUAUAGACCAAGUUUCCCCAACCUGGUGCCCUCCAGAUGUUUUAGACUAAAAUUCCCAACUGCUGAUGUAGAAGAUAGGGGAAGGUAGGGGAAAGCUGCUAUAGAAAGUGCAGAAGUAAAUUACUGUACUGAAAAUUCUUCAUGCUUGGUUGCCUGUGGCAGAGCUCAAGGAACCCCAUAUUGCUUUUCUGUCAGCACAGUGAAACUGUAACCAAGCCUUUAUCCAAAGUGCAGAGAUCCUAAAUGCUAGCCAAGAAACAGCAGGAAUAGUAAUUUUAUUUAGUCUUGCCUCUUUUGAAAAUGUCAUUUGCCCUUUUGCAAUGAGCUAUCCAAACAAGGAAACAAAACUUUCUCUUGCUUGUUUUGAGCCCAUGUGGCUUUCUAGAUGAAUGCUUAAGCAUGUAAUGAAAGAUAUAAGAAAUGGGAGACUUUGGUAAAGAAAAUAUGGAAGAGUGUUGAGCAAUAGCUUCUAUUUUAUUUUCCAUUUUCCAUACAUAGAUUGAUGCCAAUGAUUCUACCAGAAAACCUUAGUGUUGGGGAUGGGGAGUGAAGCUGAAUUUGUUCAGUGAAUUAUUGGAACUUCCAGAACAAUUCAUUAUUUGUACCUGUCUGCGUGAGGUGUUAUUAAUGUCUCAUUUUAACAUGAAAAAGCAAAUUAUUAUUUUUCCAUUCUCUAAGGUGUUGUCUAAUGUUGUCACACAUACAAAUGCUUUGUUUGCCUGAUAGGGCUGCCAGGUUUUUGAAAGACAGCUUUCGUGGAAAAGAGUGGGGAAGGGGGAAAUCAGAGUUAAGCACAAUAUAUCUUCUUCAGUCAAACGGCAUGACUUUUGAGGCAGCCACCAGCUGCUUCCUUAGCUGUCUUCUUGGGUUAAAGUGGUCCCUAUUCUGAAUGAGGCAGGCCUGUCUUGGUUACUUCCCAAAUGGUCAUUAUAAACAUGUAACUGCUAGUCAAAGUAAGAUACAAGCCCUUCGCAAAAUUACGCAACACCCAUUUAAACAUGUGGCAGUCUGCCUACACAAGCUCAGUAAAACAUGUUAUGUAACAGAUUUUGGCCACUGUGUUUAAAACUCGUGUGUGUUUUUCCAGUGGCACCAUUUCUUCUCACUUCUGUAAGAAUACACCUUCUUCCCCCCUCCUUUUUUAAAAAGUCAGUGAUAAAGACUUUAAUUUUUUAUAUUUUUCUUGCAUACACCUGACUAUGGAACAGUCCAAGUAGAUACGAUUUCAGUGUGUUACUUGUACAGUGGUACCUCAAGUUACAUACGCUUCAGGUUACAUACACUUCAGGUUACAUACACUUCAGGUUACAUACACUUCAGGUUACAGACUCCGCUAACCCAGAAAUAGUACCUCAGGUUAAGAACUUUGCUUCAGGAUGAGAACAGAAAUCGUGCUCUGGUGGCAAGGUGGCAGCAGGAGACCCCAUUAACUAAAGUGGUGCUUCAGGUUAAGAACAGUUUCAGGUUAAGAACGGACGUCCGGAAUGAAUUAAGUACUUAACCCAAGGUACCACUGUAUGUGCUUUCAUAUAUCCAUAAGUUACGAGUGAGACAUUUGUUCAUACACCUGAAUGAGCACACCCACAGUGCAAUCCAAUCCAUGUCGGCUCAGAGGCAAGUCCAUUGAACUGAGUGACACUGAGCUCAGCCAUUGUUUAUUUUACAUCAUGGUUUAGUCAAGAAUGUGCCUGCUGCCUCCAGGCCACACACACACACACACACACACACACACACACCAGUCCAGCUUAUCCCUGUGAGCAGCACAAACAAGCCAUAGUAUGGUUUGUUAUGUUGUGCAAACCUGAAUAACAAACCGUGAGCAUCAAGCCAGAAAUAGGCCCAGAUUUGUUCUUGGCUUAUGGCUCAUAGUUUGUUUGAAACAAACUACAGUCCGAGAUCACACAGCACGACAAGCUAUACUAUGGCUUGCUUAUGCCAUGCACGGCACCUGCAGAGAUAGGAAACAUAUUCACAGUUAAGACAUAAAAUGAGCACAGCUACUUCUGGAUAAGUAGGCAUAGAAUUGUAGUCUUAGGUUGCAUGUAAAAUGUUGUUUUUCUCAAUCAGAAAUCAUUCAUGCUCAUCUUCAGCAUGCGACUUUCUAACUAUAUUGAUUCUAGAUCCUAUUGUCCACAAAGGCUGGGUGUGGUUACUUGAUUCCCAUUUGAAAACACUCACCUUAAUUACGUAAUCCACACCUUUUCCUCCCUGCACAUGAUCCAGCUAAAUAAGGAAGGAAGUAGUGAUUACAUUCUUGGUAUAUGCCCACCCACAGUGUUAUUGGGACUGCCAUUUGUUUUAAUCUGUUUUCAAAUGGGCACACUGCACAGUAAUGCAGAAUCAAUUUGCAAUGAGCUUUUAUUUUCUGAAUGAAACCCAUCUCUCAAUAAGUAAAAUACUUAUUCAGGGGCAAAAUACUGUGUGUGAACUAUGUGGGGGGGGGGAGCAAAUACUCAGUCACCGUUGAUUCUGGAAUUGUGUGUACGGAGUCUUCAGUCCUAAAAUCCAGCCUGUCUUGAUGUAAUCUACUCAUUAAAGAAUCCUAAUAACGAUCAGUCUCCCUCUCACACAGACAUGUGGUUGAGAGAAUCUUCUAUGAUACACAGUGCCUUUGUUAAAGAGUCUGCAUCCUCAUUAUGGCCAUCCAAUCUUCUGUUUUGUUGUUUACUCUUAAAGGUAAAGGGUAAAGGGACCCCUGACAAUUAGGUCCAGUCAUGACCAAUUCUGGGAUUGCGGCGCUCAUCUCGCUUUACAGGCCGAGGGAGCCGGCUUACAGCUUCCAGGUCAUGUGGCCAGCAUGACUAAGCCGCUUCUGGCAAACCAGAGCAGCGCAUGGAAACACCGUUUACCUUCCCGCCAGAGCGGUACCUAUUUAUCUACUUGCACUUUGACGUGCUUUCGAACUGCUAGGUGGGCAGGAGCUAGGACCAAGCAACGGGAGCUCACCCCGUCACAGGGAUUCGAACCACCGACCUUCUGAUCGGCAAGUCCUAGGCUCUGUGGUUUAGACCACAGCGCCACCUGCGUCCCCUUGUUUACUCUUAAAUGUAUAUAAAUCCACAGAAAUGCAUCCUAUUUCAGCUUUCUUCAUACAUACAUAGAGACUAAACCUUUAUUUUGCUGGGCUUCUCUCUUAAUUAAAGCAAGCAAACAAACAAACAUUGAGAACUGUCAGUGAUCAACAGGUGGAUAUGGAGAAGAAUGGCAGGUUGUACUAGUUUCUCCAAGGUCAAACUAACGUCCUUUUUCUAGUACUUUUCUGGUUGUUCAGCUGACCAUGACUGCUUGGGGAAUGAUAUGCGAUAGGGAAUUGGGAAGCUCUGUCUUCUGCUUUCCUUAUGUGCCUAACAUUUGAAAAGUACACUAUACUAAAAGCAUGUUGUUGCUAUUAUUUCUGGGCCACCCUUUCUCUCCAUUAGGAAUGUAGCACAGUGUACAGUAGGACCUCAGGUUAUGUUACCCGAAGGUAAUGUAAAGCUUAGGUUGCGAAAGUGGCCAACCCAGAAGUGUUUCACCGCAUGCACAGAAGCAGUCUACCGCUGUGUGCAUGCGUAUAACAGUGAUCCUCAGGUUGCGAAAACCUUGGGAUCCAGCCAGACCUCCGGAACGGAUCCCGUUUGCAACCGGAGGUACCACUGUACAAUAUCAUCAAUUAGCCCAAAGCGCUUAUGGUCAAAACCCAUAAAAACUCCCUGAGAAAGAAGCUAACUUAAAACUACAAUCCAUAUUGCAACUGAUGGGAGUAUCUACCUUCCAAAAGUCCUGGUGAACUUGUACAAAUGUUUUUCGCUGACACCUGAAGGCUACCAGUGAGGAGAUUCCUCCCCAGGGAAGAGAUUCCAUAAUUGGGGUGCUGCUACCAAGAAGGACCUGUCUUGUGUAAUCACCCCUGGGCCAUCACCAUUGGCAGCAACACAAGCAGAGCCUCUCCCACUGAACGUAGGGUAUGGGCCAGAACAUACUGAGGGAGGCAAUCUUUUAAAUGCUUGAGCCCAUAGAAAUUCAGGGUUUUGUACAUCAGUACCAACACCUUGAAUUGGUCCCGGUAGCUCACAGUCAGCCAAUGCAGUGCUUUAAGGAUGCUGUUAAAGUACAUAGUCAAAAUCCACUGAAAAGUCCCCCUGGCAUACCUCACGGAAAUAAAUGAGAAAUGAAUGAGGGCCCUUCCAUGCUUUUAUGCAAUUCAUUUCCUUUGAGCAGUGGAUUAUGGCUUUUAUGAUUUCUGAACAGAGCUCCAUACCUUGUUGGUGAAUACUUCAUAACACAAUUGGCCUUGGAUGACAGUAAAGUUUCUUGUAUCUUGAAUGCCACAAAGGCACUUCAAUAAAUGAAGAGAAGGCAAUUUCAGAUUGUACAGAUGCAAUUAUAAUGGAAAAUACUACUAAUAAACACAUGUUUUAAAAAAUCUCUGUAGUGGGUGAAGUAGGAAUAUUUCUCUAGCCCUCUAACCAGCAUCUGGUUCAUACUCAAAGACCAUGCUGUAAUAUUGGCAAAAAACCAGAGGUCAUCCUUUACCAAUGGAAAUUGCUGCAACAAAAAUGAUAUCAUAUUUCUUUAGUACUCCUUUUGCCAUGGCAACAGCAUUAUAUUGCAUUAAGUCAAAUGGAAUUUUAUUCCAAAAUAUACAAAUAAGUUGGAUUACUACUUCCUACAUUUUUUAGUAUGAAAGCAGAAUUUUCUCCUUGGUUUCUGCAACAUGUUUUUUUUUAAAAAAGUAUAUUUCAUAUCUUGUGGAAAGCACGAAGAAAUAUUUGUAUUCAUGAUUUGAAUAGGUGGGUUUCCAAACACCAUCAGUCCAGUAAAUCUGCAGAUAUUUCAAACAAACAAACUCAUAUCCCAGUUGGGAAAGAACUUGACAGCAUAAUGUCAUAAGGAUCAAGCUAAUCGGCCUUUUCAUUUUAAAGAGAACUUCAAGAUACUUGGCUCAGUCAGUUUCAUCACAUGUUCCUAGUCUGGCACUCCAAUAUUGUGCAGCUGGUAGCACAGGAAAUAUCAUGGGGGAAAGACAGCAACAUGUCCCCUAGGAUAACUCUCUGCCACCCACUGUAGCUGCCCAUUAUAGUGGAUUAUCUCUAAGCACCCUAAUGUGGUUUGUGCUUUGUGGACGAGGUUGACAUAAGCACAUGAUCAGUCUUGGAUCAAUGUUGUCCAAAGUGUUAUCUCUACCACAUAGCUAUAUUUGUGUGAGUGCUGGCAAUUAAAAUAUUCUUUGCUAUCUUGGAGUGCAUCAUACUGGAAAUACUAGGUAAAGGUAAAGGAACCCCUGACAGUUAAGUCCAGACGCGAUCAACUCUGGGGUUGUGGUGCUCAUCUUGCUUUACAGGCCGAGGGAGCCGGCGUUUGUCAGCAGACAGUUUUUCCGGGUCAUGUGGCCAGCAUGACUAAGCCGCUUCUGACGCAACGGAACACCGACACCAGAGCAGCGCACAGAAACGCCAAUUACCUUCCCGCCGGAGCAGUACCUGUUAAUCUACUUGCACUUUGAUGUGCUUUCAAACUGCUAGGUUGGCAGGAGCUGGGACCGAGCAAUGGGAGCUGACCCCAUCACGGGGAUUUGAACCGCUGAUGUUUUGAUUGGCAAGCCCAAGGCUCAGUGGUUUACACCACAGCGCCACCCACGUCCCACUGGAAAUACUAGCAGGUGCCAAUUUAGUAUUAAGACGUCAUCCAAAGAUAAUUGUGCAGCAUGGCUGCUUCAGUGAUCUAAGACUGUGAUAACACAGCUAAAUCAGCAUGCACAAAUUCUGGGUUCUGCUGUAUCAACCCCACUUUUUGACUACCUUACGCAUAGGGUAACUUGGAAUAUUUCUUGCACAUGGCAGACCAGUCAUCAGACCACAUCUGCCUGUAGCAAAUCAUAGCCAUGACACACUGAAGUAUGUGUAUAAACAGGUCGUCAGUUUAGCAAAAUUCCAGGUUAUUGGGGAGGUCUCCUCAUCACUCAGAAACUAAAAACUUGAGACAGUCUGCUUCCUUACUUAUUAGAAAGUAGUAGUGCUUUAACAGACGAGUGGAGCCUACUCCUAAAUUAUUGUACCACAGUGGAAAUCCUGUGUGGAAUGCAAAUUGUGUAUGCAAAUUGUUUGAUGGAAUCUGAUGUUUAUAUAACUUGGUUAAAAUUAUAUAUAGUGAUAUGCUCUUAGAACUGUAGAGUUAAUCUAGUACAUAAAAGGCGACCUGUUUCCUGUCUGCUAGGAUGCAUUUAUCUCAGUCACCAGUAGUUAAACAGUCCAGCCUCCAGUUUUUGUUGGCACCAGGUUUAAUAAAACCGAAUGAAGACAGCUAUAUUUUUCGGUCCAGUGUUUGAUGUGUGUAGUGCUGAGAACAGCAAAAAUGGAGAACAAAGUGCAACAGAGCAGGAACAACAGUUGUUGUAGAAACAGUUGUGGUUGGUGAAGGCAUCCAAUGCUUCAAAAUUUGAAAAUCCCCUAUUGUGGACUGAUGAAAAACAAUUUGUUGUUGAGCAAAAUAUAAGCUGAGUUUUUCAUUAUAGCAGCAUACCUCUUCCCGUUGUUUUGGACACAUUUCCUCAAAAUACAUAUUUCUAAUACUCAUUCAUAGAAAGAAAUAUUAAAAACUUCAAUUGCUCCAACUGGCAUGUAUUAAAGUUCUCUCUUUGCUCUGACUUGAAUUGUUUUGGUUUAUAUACUGUACUUAACUUCAUCAGAUUGGAAUAUGUGAUACAGACAUAUUUCAAGACAAGGUUAAAAACAUCUGCAGUUUAGAAACAAGGUCCCUAGGGAGGGUGUUAAAUCCAGAGAGUGCUGAUCUGUUUCCUGUCUUUGUUAUGAUUUCUCCACUGUAACUGAAUAUCCCUCUGAGCUACAGCAAAUGAGAGUUAUCCUAGUACGGCUGUGUCAGCAGUCCAAGAAUUGCUGGCAUUACCUCCCCCUUUCACGUAUUCCUAGCUAACUUCCAGAAUCCCAAAGCAGAUUUUUAUUCAUUUACAUUUUAAACUGUUCUAUCAGAGGUUGCUUUGAAUGAAAUGGACACUUGCCUCAUGCUCUCAUCCUCUGUAUGUUAAAAGAACAAAUGUAAGUCUUAGUCCAGAGAUACCUAUGUACACAGAAACAUAGAAUUGUAGAGUUGGAAGGGACUACGAGGGUCAUCUAGUCCAACCCUCUUUUUCCCCACCAUGGGGCACGAACCCAUGAUCCUGAGAUUAAGAGUCUCAUGCUCUACCCACUGAGCCAACUGACCAAAACUACACAAGAAUGAAACACAAAACAUUGCUCAGUUUAAGACACAUUGCAUGUUAUGUCCAAUUAAAUUAAGACAACCUAGUCCUGGUCAGGUAUACCCUACUACAAAGCUUUCCAAACUUUUCAAGUUGGUGACACACUUUUUGGACAUGCAUCAUUUUGCGACACAGUAACUCAGUUUUACUAGCAAACCAGAGGUUAAGCUAACCCUUUCCAACCCCAAGAGGAGCAUGGGGAGCAUUUGUGCGACACACCUACACACUGCAGCUGACACACUAAUGUGUCGCGGCACACAGUUUGGAAAGCUCUGCCUUAGUACAUUUAGUGAACAAGAGGACUGCAGUUGUGCUCCACUCAGAAUUCAGCAAGGUCACAGGACAUCCUUAUAGGAAUCUCAAGGGGGAAAGAAAUCUGCCAGAAGGUGUGUAGUCAAUGGUUGGAAAAACCCAUGCAAGGCAUAGCAAUAAAUGGGUCAACAACAUAACAGAAAGAGCUGUCUAUCAUGGUUCUGCAGACGUCAGUGUUGCGGCCAGUACUCUUCACUAUGUACAACCAGAGUUCAUUACAUUAAAAGUAUUAUGUCUCAAGAUUUAGGAAGUAAUAUUAUUAGGUUACAUAGCACUGGUAAUACAGUGGUACCUCGGGUUACAUACGCUUCAGGUUACAUACGCUUCAGGUUACAGACUCCGCUAACCCAGAAACAUUACCUCGGGUUAAGAGCUUUGCUUCAGGAUGAGAACAUAAAUCGUGCUCCGGCGGCGCGACGGCAGCAGAAGGUCCCAUUAGCUAAAGUGGUGCUUCAGGUUAAGAACAGUUUCAGGUUAAGAACAGACCUCCGGAACGAAUUAAGUAUGUAACCAGAGGUACCACUGUAUAUUGUUUGGACUGUGCUGAAUAAUACAUGUCAAAAAACUUGGAAAAGAUUCAGAAAUGUACAUAAAUGAUAAAAAAAUUAAAUGAAAGACCCUGCAAGGACAGGUAGAAAGAACUGGAUUUGUUCACCAUAUGUGGAAAAGAGUAUGAGAGGAGGAUCAUACAGUACAGUUAAAAACAGACUAGCUUUAGAUCAAGUUGCAGAAGAAACUUGUAAUUUUAUUUCUAGGAAGUUUUCAAGGAAAGGUUGGGUAUGCUUUACUACAGGACUUACUGCUUCCCAUUCACUGCCUUCCACCAUACAAUUUAAUGAUCGAGAUUAGAACAGAUUUGUUUAAGAUGUUCUGGUUUCUUAGGCAAAGAAAAUUAAAUAGCUGUAAAAAUAUUGCAAUAUGAUUGUGGAAUUGGUUUGGAUGAUAUCUUUGGGUCCCAACAAAGGCUUUGUAUUUGAAGACUGAAGUGGAAAGGACUGCUGUUAGCCAGGCCUGUAAGCACUUUUGAUUUUCAUGUCUUAAAAGUUGGAGAAGAGCAGGUGUGUUACCAUUAAAGACAGCUGGAUGAUGAUGCUUUUUCAAGAGGGGAUAGGCCUUUACCAUCCCUUCAACUGGCUGGAGGCCACAUCACCUAGUAUGCAGGAGAACAAUAAACCAAAGAGCUAGUCUUUGGUCUUCAGCUGAAGCUGGGAGCUGGAAAUGAGAUGUAAAGGCUUGUCUUCCUCUGUGAUGAAUCCAAAGCAAUGACUUUGAGGACCCCACCCCCAUAAAAACCUAAUGCAAAAGCAAGAUCUGUGGAGAUCUUAUGCCCAGAUCAUAUAUACAGUGCUCCCUCGGCCAAUAAAGUGAGAUGAGUGCCGCAACCACAGAGUCGUCCAUGACUGGACCUAAUAGUCAGGGGUCCCUUUACCUUUACCUUGGGUUAAGAACUUAAUUCGUUCUGGAGGUCCGUUCUUAACCUGAAACUGUUCUUAACCUGAUGUACCACUUUAGCUAAUGGGGCCUCCCGCUGCUGCCAUGCUACCACCACGCAAUUUCUGUUCUCAUCCUGAAGCAAAGUUCUUAACCCGAGGUACUCUUUCUUCGUUAGCGGAGUCUGUAACCUGAAGUGUAUGUAACCCGAGGUACCACUGUAUGUGUAAAUAAAACAAUAUAUCCUAAAGACAUCACUGAUUACAAAAUUAUUGAUGGUAGCACCUAUCAAACUCAUAGUAGGAACUAUAGAUUUUGGCUGUGUGCUACUACUAGAACAAAACUGAGAUGUUUACAGCUCAUCCUUUCGUCUUGUAGCUGAUGGUUUCCCCCCGUUGUUUACUUUUACAAACUUAAGUGAUAAUUUACUUUAAGACUGGCUUUGCAGUGAUCCUUUCCUAAAUCCUUUGUUGGGUGCCAGAAGAUUCCCUAUUGGGUUAAUUUUGUUUGUUUGUUUUCAUUCUUCCUUGGUAGAGAGAUGGACAUCUGGCAGCUCUUUGAUGCUUUCUGUAAUGAUCUAUGUGUUCUCAGGCUGCUUAAGCUGCCAGGGCUGACCGCCACUGAAAGACAGCACAGCUAGUCAGCAUAUUUCUUGGUCUUGGAAAUACACUGCUUGGAAAGUCUGGAACUCACAUUGCUUCGCCUUGAACUAAGCAGUGAAGACUAGCCAAUAGGUUUCCAGUAAACUGUACAUACCGUAUAUUUAGCACAGGGGAAUUAUUUGAACCAUGCCCUCUGUGAGACUUCUGCACAAAAUGAGAAUGGUGCCAGAAAAGACAGCAGUGCUAGGAGUGACAUGCAAUUUAUAUGCCCACUCUUCAGGGUAGGCAAAAUAUAUAUUGAAAAAAUGAACUUAACAGACUUCAGUCCAUUAAUUUCAAUGGAUCUGUCCUGAGUGUUAACUUAGUUGGAUACAGCCUACUGUAUAUAUUUUGUGCAGGAAAUGUAAGGUUUUCCUUGGUUUGUACUACUGUUUCUUGCAUUUCAAUCCAACAAAUAACAAAUUCCGUACCAUCAAUUUUCCAGAAAUACUUGUGUGCAGAGGUAGACUUAAUACAUUAUGUGAAUAAUGCAUUUACUUAUCCUUGCUCACAUCUGUAGUUUCCAACAAUACUGAAUACCUGAGGAACAAUUAUAUGUUAAUGUAAACAGCACUGUUGUUGUUGUUGUUGUUUUAAAAAAUGUAUCUUGUGUUGCAAACAAGUUUAUUAUUGUUGUUUUUGUAUCUUUUAUUUUGAAAAUAGAGGUAGGUAGGUAGGAGGAAGGGAAGGAGGGAGAUUGACUGAUCACCUGAGGGGAAGAAGAGCCUGCUUUUAUGUAAUUGUCUCCUCCAUCUUCACAGAGAUGGUGAUCAGUGCUGCCUAGAGAUUACUGCACCAAUUAUAAUGCAGUGAAUGCACCUGCCUGCUGCAGUGUGAAAGUAUUUAUCCCUUACAAAAUCAUUUUAUGAAUAUGGACUUGAUACAGAAAUGCAGUUUAUAUGCAGGUCUGUUUCUAUUCCUGUGGGUUAUCCUUACUAGAUCGGGGUAUAUCUUUGAUGCAGACAGGCUUCCUUACAAACACACACACACACACACACACACACACACACACACACACAUGUUUUUUUGGAUAGUCACUAAUUAAAAAAAAGUAUUUUGACAACUUUUCUGGAUGUGGUAUGGAUGCAAUAGCUACACCACUGAUUUUUUAUUUUAAUGGUCUGAGUCCUAGUCUUGUUCAUAUACUGUAAACCAGUGGUGGAGAGGUUUCUUCAGCUUAAGGGCUGUAUUCUCUUCAGAGCAACCUUCCAGGGGCCACAUGCCAGUCAGUGGAGAGUGGGGGUCAGGGGCAAAAAUGGGUGGAGCAACAAAUGCAAAUUUCACAUCUGUACAGAAGGCUAGUUUCUACACACAUUCAUACACACACCCUUACAAUUCAGACAAGGAAGAGACAUUUCCAGAUUUCCAUAACACAUUUCAACCAGGCAAAAACACUCAGGGGUGGGUGGGUGUGGGAGUGGGGGUGGGUGUGUAGCAGGGCCAGUGAGGAUGUGGCCUGGGGAGAGGGGUGUGUGGCUAAGAGAGAUUUCCAAGGGCCAAACAGAGAAGCCUGGAAGCCACAUCAACAUCUGGUCCUGAGGCUCUCACCCCAGACAUAUAUUGUUUAAUAAUGUAUGUCCACAUAUCAAAUGGUAAUUAAUUGUUCCUCCAGUGAGCAGAAAAUGCAUUGCUUUUGCACCAUUUCUCAGUUAAGAUCACAUCAUGAAAAUCCAAGUCUUCACAUUAAGAAUAGUACAUUGAUGGUAAGUAAAGGUAAAGGUACCCCUGCCCGUACAGGCCAGUCGUGUCCGACUCUGGGUUGCGCGCCCAUCUCGCUUAAGAGGCCGGGGGCCAGCGCUGUCCGAGGACACUUCCGGGUCAUGUGGCCAGCGUGACAAGCUGCAUCUGGCGAGCCAGCGCAGCACACAGAAACGCCGUUUACCUUCCCACUAGUAAGCGGUCCCUAUUUAUCUACUUGCACCCGGGGGUGCUUUCGAACUGCUAGGUUGGCAGGCGCUGGGACCGAGCAACAGAAGCGCACCCCGCCGCGGGGAUUCGACCCGCCGACCUGACGAUCGGCAAGUCCUAGGCGCUGAGGUUUUACCCACAGCGCCACCCGCGUCCCUCACAUUGAUGGUAGUUCCACUGAAAUAGCUAAUUUGCUUAGUUUCUGUCUUCCCCAUAUUGAUCUGAAUAAACCACAGUUUAAAAGAGUGAAGUAACUUCUUCAUACUUGGCACCUUCACUGCUGUUUUUACUUCCAAAAGGAAGAAAAUAGGGCAAGGGGUUACUCUUUUGAUUUAUUAAAUUCAGCAAAUCUGUGUUAUAUAGCUUAGAAGCUUGUUAGUUUGCUAGAACGAUUUCCUGGUUGUUUCCAUAAGAAAUAUUUCUGGCUCACAUUCUUUAAACAAGCUGAUUGUUUUGUACAAGUCCAAAUUCACAUGCCUUUCUAAGUCCUAGUUCAAUGAGUCAAGACAAUAGGAAGUGCUAGUUUCCUAUUACUGUAAUUGAAUGAAAUCACCGCUUUGUACAGAUUUGGAUUUGAGAAGCAGUCAGACAGAUCUCCCAUUAUUUCCUCUGCAAAUAUAAGAGCUAAUAGUACAAUCAAAUGCAUAUAUAAUAUGAAAUAAGCCCCGCUGAAUUAAAUGGAAUUUACUCCCAAUCUCAGGUAAGUGAAUAUAGCUUUGCUAAUUGUGUUGUGUAAUACAUAUAAUUUUCUAGUGUGUGCGUUUAAAUAAGCAUAUAUAUUAAUGCCAGGAGAAUGAUGGACAGCUGUACUGCACAUGUGGUAAUGAUAACUGGGUGAUAGAUUGCCACCUCACCUGCAUAUGGCAUAGAAAGCGCUGCCCCUCCUCUGGGGAUACUUGUAACAUUCCAAGCUCAUGAGUAGCUUCAGGCUGCUGCCAAUUUUGUGAAAACUUAACUAGAGAAAAAAACCCUUCUUCUCUCAAUACAUGAUUUGUUCCCUGAUAUUGUACUGAAUUCAAGUCAAAACAAAAUGAAGAAUCCAUAUGUAAGAAGAAGAUGGGUGUUGCCUGUGCUAUUUUUCUAGAAAAACAGGUGCCAGAACUCACCAUGAACGCCUCUCUUGUUCUCUUAUAAUGGCAAUGGCACCCACCUGAGAGGUGCCAGAACUGAAUUCCAGUGAGUUCCAGCUGGAAAAAAGCCCCAUUAGCUUGAAAGUUAGAAUGUAAGGAUCACCUUUCUGUCUCUGGCAUUGCUGGUUCCAUCAGCACUAGCAUGGAAGAUGAACCAACUGGUUGUUGAAAGUAUCAUAUUCACACUUAAGCAAGUUUUUGAGUUGAUGUUUCUUCCAGUGUUUCUGUUUCAUUUUGGCAUAAAAUCAGGAUAUGAAUAACCAACCUUUGGAGGAUGAGGUUCCUGAGGCAAAUGAACCUGCCAGGGUUAUCUAUUCAUGGAAAGCAAAGCAUGCAAUUCGGGUCUGAUUGGUUUAUUUCCGGUUUCUUAAGAAGAGCUUUUCAGCUAAUUUUCUUUCUUUUUCUUUCUUUUUUGCAAUAGUUCUAGAUUCUAUGUAGAAAACAAAGUACUCAGUCUCCAUUGAUCCUAGAACAAAAUGUUGUGUGUAAGCAGCCUAUGACAUCUGGAAGCAUUCCACAUAACAUUCUAAGCAAGGAAGUUUAUUAAAUUCCCAGCAAUGUUAGGUGUGCGAUAACUUAAUUUCCAAUAAGGUUUUUGACCUUGCUCAGUAGGGCAUGCACAGCUGGGAACAACAUGUAACUGUUUCUCUUUUAGUUUAAGAAGCUGCAGUGAUCAAUGUCCUCUUGGCUGGCUAAGAAUCAGGAGGUUUUGGUAGAAAGCAUUUUGCACCAGAUUGGCAUGUAAUUAUGAUUUGCUUUUGCUGAAUUUAACAGAUAACUGUGCAGCCAGUUAUGCUAAACCUGUUUCUGGAUGUGUAUCACCUCAGAUUGCUGGUCACAUUACUGAAGGUUCCUACAUACAAAUUUCCUACGUUCAGCCCAUCUCCAAGAAAUGCUAGCAUUUGUGUGGAGGAAAUUUUUUGUACGGAGGAACAUUGACUCAAGUGAGUCUGAAGUGGUUCAGUUCAGAUACAGUUCAGAGAGCCAGAGAUUUUAGGCCGAUUCAUACAAUUUAGUCUCUUCAUCUAAAGGUAAUAUUGCAUUUGAUGUGUACUAUUUCAAGAGCAGGGAUGUGAAUGUGGGGUAUGGAUUUUAGAUAUAAAUGUAUGUACUGAAGCAGCAACAGUUUCUGGCUGAGGUUUUUUUAUUUUGUUUUUAUGCCCUUUCUCUCUUCCCCUUUCUUCUCCUUUAAGUGGUCCUGUUCUAUAUACAUUGGUGAUAUAAGGCUAUUUUGCAAAAAUAUGAUAAGUAUUUUUCCUUUCAAUUAAAAUAAAAUAGAAUUUUGCUGGUGAGGAGGAGAAUAAUAAUAUUAAUAUGCAUGCAUCCUUGGUAUCAGCCACCUGUAGUUAAAACAUAACCUAUGAAUUACAAGUUUCCCUUUUGCUCCUUAACAAAGCAUUUUGUUAAUGAAAACACCUCUCCAGUUUAUAAAAUAGGGAAGGGAGCACUGUGGAGACAAGUUACAGAAAAUGAAAUCUUAAUUUGUGCACAGAGCUACAAAAAUGAACGAUGGACACUUGAAAAUGUGCAGGGGCCUGUCCUGCAGUUGUUGUGGCUGCAGUUACCCAUGAGCACAAUCUACCAAAAACAUUACUGCUGUGCAUCAAUUUUCCAUUAAUAUUAGUAAGAUUUGAGCAGGAGUUUUGUUUAGUUGCACAGCAGCCCAAGUUGGUUGGUUACUUUUUUUUUUUUUUUGGCUUUUAACAUGUAUCCUUUCCCUGUUAACAUAAACUUUCUCAUUUUUAUUCCAUCCUGCUUUGCGAAAAACCAAAUUUUCUGUUCCAGAUGACCUGGGUUUAAUUAAAUACAACCGCAACAAUGUCUUGUCAGUGCUUAGCAACAAAACACAUUAUGUGUCUCAUAAGUUACCACAAUGCACAGGGGUAGAUGGCAAAGUUAGGAAGAUAACUCAAGCUGAUACAUAACAGAGACACUAGCUAUAGAGAACUAUGCUGGCUGACAUACUAGGCAUGUUAGUCAUGGACCAUUAUUAUUGAUUUAAGUUUCCUACAGGUACAAUAAAGAAACUAAGCAGAAAGGGUUCUCCUAGCUGCCAAAAUGACAUCAAGAGGCAAUUUAACAUGUGCAUGAUGUGAUGAUAUGCACAUAGCACGAUUUUAUUUCUUCUUUGUAUUAUCCACAAGAGGGGAGGAGAUUUGGCUCCUCAUAUAAAUUAUUGAGACCAGCAUAGCAAAGCAACAGCAGGUGGAAUCAGUCAUUUAUGUCCAGCCAUGAAUGUAUAUUUAGUUCUCCCAGUCAGUGUACAGAAUACAGCCGCUAUCCUUCUCUGACCCUGUCUGACCCAUUUUGGGUCAUUUGUUCAGUUAUUAUGCAUAAGAGGCUACUAUUCAGGUUAAUACUCCUUCAAAGUCUAUAUCACCACAACUUGUUAAAGUCUGUUUAAUUUGAAACAAUCAAGGAUACAUAGAGCCCCAGGCUAACCAAGUGAUGCUUGGUUUUACUUUAUAAACAACAGCCUUAAAUCUCCCCAGUCUAUUUUUGCCCAUCUAGCCCAGUAUUUAGUCCCUGACUGGCUGCCGCAGGGUCUCUUUCACAUCACUUGGCAUGUGACCCUUAUAAGCAGAAAUUCUAAGGACUGAACCUGGGAACUUUCUGGAUGCAAAAUGUGCUGUACAACUGCACAUUGUGAAGUUUAAUCAGUGUCACUGAUUCAGACACCUUGAUGAAAAGCUGCCUAGGGCAACUGACAGUCAGGCCCAGGCCUGGAUUUGAAUUUGGGACACAAGAUGAGCCUAGCUAAUAUUAGCCCCUGAGAACUGAAAUGGAACUCAAAAUCUUAAGAUCCAUUUUCCAGUUGGCUGAGGAACCAGACCAGCUCCCCUCAACACAUAAUCUCGGCACUGCCAUGCCUAUGCAUAAAUACACGUAAAUGUAUUCUGCAUGUUCUCCCCUAUUCCCAGGUCAUGCUGCUCUAGAAUGUGAGUCAGAAGCUAGAGUCACAUAGGAAUGCAUACCUCUGAGCACCUCAUCACUAGAUAUCUUGUGGCUGGGUAGGAGAGCUGCCUCCAUUGAAAAGUAGUGUGUUUCAUUUUAUGUUUUACUACACAUGUGAAAUACUUUGCAAAUUUAGAAAAGGUGUUCCAUAACAGUACUACAUUUUUAUUUCAGACAAGUCAUUGCUGCAUAUAAUAUUUGAACAAAUUUAAAUGUGACAUUAUUAAAUGUGUAGUGAUAACAUGGAAAUGGUGUCUGCUGUAAUGGUUUCACACAUGUAAGUCAUCACAUGGUGUUUUUGCUACUGAGUAAUGAACAUGAAUGUUUGAAUUCACCCAUUCCUGUAUAAUAGGAAAAUAGUCUCCCAAAUUCUCUUGUCUCUUUACUUAACAUUCAGUUCUAUCAACCACAGACUGUUAUUCCCUUAAGGUGGAAAGGAAGAGGAUAUGGAAAGUACAGCAGCCAACUUCCUAAACCUGAUUGACACAAUUUGCUGUUCAUAUCAGAGAAUUAAGUGCAUCAGAUUUGUAUCAGAACAAUAUAUAAAUCUUGCCCCAACACUUGCCAUCUUCUUUCCACACCGUUUGAGAACCACUGCAAUAGAGGGAUAGAGAAAGUGGAGUCCUGCAAGGAUUGAUAUUGAAACUUGUGUUUUUAAACUUGUUCAUAACUGAUCUAGAGUCAAGGGUGACUAGUGAAGUAGCCACGUUUUGCAAAUGAUACCAAAUUUAUCUCAAUGAAGUUGUUGACCCAGUGUGUAGCAGAUGUAGAAAAAGUCAUAUUCCAUGCCUGGGAUCAUUAGAGAAAGGAUUGAAAACUUGAACUGCUAAUAGCAUAAUUUCAUUAUACAAAUCUAUGGUGUGACUACACUUUGAAUACUGUGUACAGUUCUGGUCAGCUCACCUCAUAAAGGAUACUGUAGAGCUGGAAAAGCUACCAGAAAGGGAGGCCAAAAUGAUUGAGAUGGAGCAACACCUGUGUGAGGAAAGGUUACAGCAGGCUUCCUGAACCUCAGCCCUCCAGAUGUUUUUGGCCUACAACUCCCAUGAUCCCUAGCUAGCAGGACCAGUGGUCAGGGAUGAUGGGAAUUGUCUCAAAACAUCUGGAGGGCUGAGGUUGAGGCAGCCUGGGUUACAGUAUCUGGGGCUUUUUAUUUAGAGAAAAGGAGAAUAAGAGGGGACAUGAUAGAAGUGUGUAAAAUUAUGCGUGGUUUGGAGAAGGUGGAGAACGUUUUAUUCCCUCUCUCAUAAUACCAGAACUCAGGGACACCAGUGAAGCUGAAUGUUAGAAGAUUCAGAUUUGUGAAGGAUAAGACACUAGCCACAGUGUCUGUGUUCUGCUUCCACUGUUGGAAGCAGUACACAGACACUAUGGCCAGUAGUCUUAUCCUUCACAAAUCUGAAUUACUGUUGGAAGCAGUAAGCCUGUGGAUGCCAGCUGCUGCGAAUCAGAAGUGGGGCAAAUGCUGCUGUACUCAGUCAGAUCCUGCUUGCAAUUCAAUGAAUUCAAUGGGUCUUGUGUCAAUCUAUGUUGUGUUCUGGUCUGAUGCUGGAACCCACAGUGAAAGUACCGAUACAGGAGGCAAAACUGGUCAAAGGAUCUGAGUGAGCAACUUCUUCCAAUGAAAGUUGGAGAUGCCACAGUCUCCAGACUACCACCUCCAGGUUCUACCCCUCUAAAAGAACUUCAGAGCCUUAAAGGGCCAAUCCUCGGGCCUAAAGACCAGCACUACUCUUUCGUUUCCUAGCUUCCUUCCGGUGCAUUCCCAGCGCUGCCAGACUGGCAGUGUGCAGUAGGAGGUUCUUCAAGGGAAGAUGCCCAUGAUGCUCCUGUGGGCUUGGUGGUCUGGGAGGUUUCUCUGGGAACUGCCUCAGGUACAAUGAAAUUCCAUAGUCAGCUCUGAGCCCCAAUUCAGACCCAGCCACUGGCAGAGGAAUGGGGGACCAGAGGGCGCAGACCGCCCCUGGCACCACUAUUCCAGUAGGGUGCCAUCGCAGUGGGCCCCCCGGACACAUGCUGUGCACCACCCCACCCCCCGCACGCCAGGUGCCAUGCCCCCACAGGCAGCAUGAUACAUCCCCAGAAUGUGCGCCACACCCAUAGCUGUCAAGCGUCCCUUAUUUGGAGGGACAGUCCCUUAUCCCAGCGCCAUGUCCCGCUGCUGUCCCUUAUUGAUGGAUGUCCCUUAAAUUUCCCGGGUUUCAAAGGAAGCAGCUCCUCUCCCUCCCUCCCUGCCGGCCAGGGAGGAGGGAGGCUCCAACUGUGUUGCUUGGCUGCCCGGCCCACCCCCCUCCGGCCUCCUCUCACCAGCCUCGGCCCUCGGGAACCCCUCCCUGCUGGGACUGGUGGGAGCCUCGGGCCCUUCCGCCACCAUCCUCCUCGCAGCCGCCGAACUGAGCGUCUCUGCCUGGGGCCUCCCCUCUGCCUGUCACCGCCGCUCCCGCUCCUGCUAGGCCAUACUGCGGCUGUGCCGCCGAAGGACCCAAAUGAGAUGGGCAGCCUGGCAUGGUCUAUGAAUUGAUGAGGAGCCUUGAGAGGAGAGCGAGGGCAACCAUAGAGAAAGCAGUUCAGAGAGAGGAGGAAGAGGAGAAGGUGGAGGCGCAGGAAGGUGUUCCAAGGGCUACAAGGGAAGGACCGCAAGCACUUCUCCCAUAGAUUUGUAGUGGUAGACUAGCAUAGAUGGUCUGAUCUGCGGGUUUACUUCGGGCACUAUUCCCACCCCGUCCUCCCGCCCCACCUGAUGGAAUUGAGAGCUGCAGAUGGAGCAUGAGAGAAAAUAUACAGAACUGCGGCAGCAGCUUCAUAGCUUGGACUUUGUUUUGCGCAAAAAGUGGUUGCUGCUUGUAGUUAUUUAAUUGAAGUGUUUCAUCGGCUGGUGUCUUGAGCAGCAACCUCUGGAAACGAAGGGCUAAAAACUGGCGCUGCUCUCCAAAAUUAUCUGGUUGACUAAAAUCCCUUAUUUCGGCUGCUGGUCCCUUAUUUUCAAGGCUGCUGGUCCCUUAUUUUCAAAUCUGUAAGUUGACAGCUAUGGCCACGCCCCUGAAUCAUGCCCCCCGGGGGGUGCCAGCCACACCCACACCUGCUCUCCGCCCCCAGUAACGGAGCAUGCAGCUUCGCCACUGGACCCAGCUCCCAAUCUGCUGCUCCUACAGCCUCCAACUCUGUGUCUGUAUCACUACUGAAUUCAGGGAUCAUGACAGUCUGUGUGCUCUUAGAUGGGAGAGUGAAUAUACUGAAGAUAAGACCCAUUAAGUUUAUGAAACUGAAGUACAUUGUAGAGCAAAAUCUCACCACAACAGUGAGAGUUCCUAAGAUGUAAUAGGAAAAGUCUUGAAGAAUUGCAAGGAAUAGAAAAAAUGCAAAGGUAGGAGCAUCUGAAUCUGAUUUAGAAGGUUUUUUUAACAAAACAAAACAAAACAAAGCAACUUGUAAAACCAUGUGUGAAUUUCAGACUGGGUAAAAAUAAAAUAAACCCACAUUACAUACCUACUUCAGAUCAGGAAAUGCUACUAUCAUGGCGACAGACUGUCUUUAUUGCCACCUAGGCAAGGAAAUUGCAAGGGUAGGCAAGCAAAAAACGCUUCUAAUGUUUGAUGCUGGCCAAAGUGAGCAUCCAUUAUAUAUGAUGCCACCAGAUCUGACAUCUUUCAUUUGUAGAAUACAAAUUAAGAAACUCAAAACAACUUUCUUUGGUAACACAGUAAACAUGAAGGCUGAAAUUUCAAAAUUAGUGGAGAAUUAUUUUGGCUUCCUUGGAGACUGCAUCUGUAAACAAUCAGGCAGAAGCUUUUCCAUAAAACAACACAGAAUAAUCUCAAAGAGCAUUUAAAGUCUGCAGCAUUUAAACAAGAUUUUUAACCUAUAGGGAAGCCAAAGUCAACACAAUACUUCCUGCACAUAAAAGCUUGGAAUGUCAUAGCCAUGUGGGGGCAAUAAAUGGCUAAUAUAUUUGCAUCCUUUAAAGGAAAAAAGAAAAUCUGGUCAGUGUUGAUAUGAAUAUUGGCAGAAAAGAAAGAAUAAUGUGAUUUAUGAAGGGCUGACUGGAGAUAUUGGCAAUUGUGGUACAAAAACAAGCCAUGUGAGAUAAUUCUGAAUUCCCAAAGAUCAAAAGCUGAUUUGAUCCAGAGAUCAAAUUCUAUAAAACUAACUAGAAAAAACUACUACUAACUCUAUUUUAUAAUAGGUCAGAGCAAGAGGACAGAAGUAUAUAAUGUGGGAUGGUCUACCUAAUACUUCAAAGCCCCGCCCAGAGGGGCUGGGGAAACCCAGCCAGAUGGGUGGGGUAUAAAUAAUAAAAAUAUUAUUAUCAUUAUCAUCAUCAUUAUUAUUAAAAUUAAGAGCUGUCACUCAAGAUCCUAGACUCAUUUAUCAUGAUCCAGUUCUGGGUAGAGGCAUCUGAAUGUGCACACAUGGCUGAUAAAGCUAUCUCACUUAAAAAAAUUAGUAUCUGUAUGCUUUCUUUUAUAUGCUCAUAUAUGCCCUUUCCAUUAAAGGCAGAUAACCCACAAAAUCUGAAUGCACAUUUGCACUCCAAUCUCUGCUUUGGGGUAAUUACAUGAAAGUCAGGAUAAGAGUUCUAUACAGUGGUACCUCGGGUUACAUACGCUUCAGGUUACAGACUCCGCUAACCCAGAAAUAUUACCUCGGGUUAAGAACUUUGCUUCAGGAUAAGAACAGAAAUUGUGCUCCGGCGACGCAGCAGCAGUGGGAGGCCCCAUUAGCUAAAGUGGUGCUUCAGGUUAAGGACAGUUUCAGGUUAAGAACGGACCUCCGGAACGAAUUAAGUACUUAACCCGAGGUACCACUGUACUAUACACCUACCUAUUCCUAACUCACUAAUUUUAGUGAAUCUUAGGUUUGGCUGCACCUUCUGUGCAUGCAGAAGGUCCCAGGUUUAAUCACCAGGUAGGACUGGGAGAGGAGCCUGUCUAAAACCCCAGAGCACUGCUGCCAGUCAGUGUAGACAAUAUUGAGCUAGAUGGACCAUUGGUCUGAUUCGGUAUAAGGCCGCUUCCUAUGCAGAUGUAAUGUUUUAUAAAUGGAACUCACAACAUGAAACAUAAAUUCCACAAUGGAAAGGGUGUGUCUUAGCAGCCUCAGAGGGACAAUUUUCAUCAGGACUGCAAUGAGGUGGGGGGAGCAUUAACCUCUGCCUUCCCAUGCUCUGUGGUUCUGAUCCUGGGAUGUUUCACUCCCUGCUUCUUCUUUCUCUAAAAAAGGCAUGUGAAAUAUGAUCAUGGGUUGGCUGUUAAUCUCAGCUAAAGAAUGUUCUAUGAUUGCAUUAUGUUUUACUCUGAGCUUACCAGUUAUACAAACAAGUAAUGGAUUCUUCACCCGUUAAGUCUUUGCUUUAAAAAGUAAUGUUAUAAAUUCAUUUGGGCCUAUCUUUAUAUAAUAGAAGUAAUCCUGUAGCAAUGGUAUCUUAUGUACUCACAUUUAUUUCAAACUUUUGAUUUCCUUCCUUUUAGAUAUCCUCCUAGUCAUUCACAUAGGGUUACUUCCACUUUAUUGGAGGCACCCUUGCUAGCAAUACAUAGGCUUUUACCCAGACACCUUUACUUAAGCCAAGACAUUCUUUCAGAUUUCUAGCUGGUUCAUACUCCACCCCACCCCCCAAAACUUGAAAUAUGCCAUUUUUCUUGCAUGUGUAUAUGUUGACUAAAAUGAAUUUUUUUUUAAUGAACCUACUUGCAAAUCAAUACCAUAUGUGUGAGAAUGUGUGCCUUGGUUCUAUUUCUUCUUUGCAAAUAGUGAAAGUGAUUUAAAGAAUAGGACUGUCAAGUCUUCUGAUGCUGGAAUGUACUUGAAUGUACAUUGGAAUGCACUAUCCCUUAUAGACAUAUAUUUGGCAAGCAAGCAGGCUAUUAUACUUUAAAUGCACUUAUUUAAUAAGUACAUUCAUUCUGAAAGUAUAAAUAAUUUUGCAAAAACCUUGCUAGGGGAAAGAGAAGGAGCACAUUCACCAACAUCAAUUAAAUAUCCUGCUAAUUUUCUUCCCUCUUUCAUAAACUCCAGUCUGGAGUAAUAAAUUGGCUUAUUUCCCACAAAAGGCAAAUUGUGUCUCUUCUCUUUCCAGGUCAUCCACUAUUACUAAUGGGUUAUAGUAUGAAAACUUCACGCUAAUGGUAUGGCCCAACAAUCCUGAAACUCUUUCUAAUUUUCUCAGUGGGCUGAAAGAUUUGUUUUGACAUUCUGUUUCCGAUAAUAUGUUCAGAAAUGAAUUACAGCUUUUAAAAACUGUAUUUUUAAUACCGUUUUUUAAAAAACCUUUUAUUACUAUUUGUACCUACAAAGGUUCCUGGGGAGCCAUACUGCUUCACUCACAAUGGCUAUGUACAGUGCUUUUUUCAGGGGGGACUCGGGGGUACGCAUAGCCCGAAACACUUUGUGAAUUUAAGUUUGGCCUCAUUGAGAGGCAGUAUUUCAAUAUGAGUAGGAAAAUGAGAGUACCCCUAAACCUUUUUUUAAAAAAAAAGAAAAAGAAAAAAAGCACUGGUUGUAUAUCUCCAAGUUUCCUGCUACAAUCUAUUCAUUCCAGAAAUGUUUCUGGGGCAGUGAGGAGGUGUCCUGCUUUUUUGUGCUACGUAUAUUGAAAUAGUGCUGCUUUAGAUGGCAAUAAUGUGAUAACACUGGGGAUGUAUUGCAGAAGAAUUAAUAAAGUAGAAUGAUGUGUGGAUGGUUCAAUAUAAAUCCACUACGAAUGCACUAUUAUUGCAUCAGUGACAUGUUGCGGAAUAUACUGUGGGGGGCAGGAACCAUUCUGGAGGGGGCCAUUGUCUUACCACUAGGAAACUGUCUCCUUGGUCAUGAUUCCUCAUACCUCAUUUGGUGGGGGCACUUGGAGUGGAGUCUUUGACAAUGAACUCAGGGUUCAGGUAGGCUGAUAUGAAGGUGCAACGGUACUAAACUGUAAGUUUAAGUAAUGAAAAUUACUUAAAAUAGAAAGAGGCCUCAGUUUCUCUGGGCUAUGGCCAAGUAAGUCCUACUCAGAUUAGACCCAUUGAAAUUAAUGGAUCUAAGGUACGCUUGAAAAAAAUGGGUCUAUUCUGAGUAGGACAAACAUUGGAUACAACUCUCUGCAUCCAAAAUAUUUAUUGUGGCAUAUAAAUAUUUGUAUAUAUAUAUUUGCUCUAUUUCAAUUAUUUUGGUAGUUUAUAGAGAUGAAGAUACCUUAGUUGUGAAGCAUCAUAACAGAAUGCUCGUUUUUCAUAAUCAUUUUUAAUUAUUUGGAUCCAAACUAAAUUGGCUGAAAUUAGUGGAGUUAGUCAAGACAGGUCCUAUUGAUUUCACUGGGAACUAAGAUCAAUUAAAUUGGUCUAGAUCCAACCUGGUGUCUGUUACUUUGUUGAUUUGCUAUGUGAGUAAUGGAAUAGUAAAUCAGCCUGGCAGAUAUAUAAUAUAGACAUUAUGGAAUUCAAUAAUAAUAAUAAUAAUAAUAAUAAUAAUUUAUUAUUUAUACCCCGCCCAUCUGGCUGAGUCUGCCCAGCCACUCUGGGCGGCUUCCAAUCAAGUGUUAAAAACAAUACAGCAUCAAAUAUUAAAAACCUCCCUGAACAGGGCUGCCUUCAGAUGUCUUUUAAAGAGAAGAUAGCUGCUUAUUUCCUUCACAUCUGAAGGGAGGGCGUUCCACAGGGCAGGCGCCACUACCGAGAAGGCCCUCUGUCUGGUUCCCUGUAACCUCACUUUUCGCAAUGAAGGAACCACCAGAAGGCCCUCGGCGCUGGAUCUCAGUGUCUGGGCUGAACGAUGGGGGUGGAGACGCUCCUUCAGGAGUCCACCCUGUUUUUUGUAGUUUAACUAGGUGGGUGGUAUCUCUGAAAGUAUUGUUAUAAGUUGUGGGUGGUGAAUGCUUAUAGCAAGAAACAUAGCAUUUUCCUCCUUGUAUUUCAUUUGGCAAUCUAAUGCCCACUUUUGGAGAAGCAAGUGUCACUGGGCUCAGUAGGAUGAACUUUAUUCCAAAGUGCAUAGAUACACAGAUUUAGAUUGUUAGAGUAAGGGUGAUUUCACUUUAUUUCUUGGAUUUUGUUUCUUUUAAUGCUGGAUACAGAACAGUAGACAAAGGCACCCCACAUAUUUACUAUCAUGAGGAUUAAAUAACCAAGGCUAAACAAAACUUUGGCUUUUCCAUAUUUAGUGUAACGGUGAGCUGUGGCUCCAAACCUUUUCCUCUCUGAGUAUAGCUUCUUAAGAAAAACAAAUAUGACUAUGGGAAGAGUUCUUAGUAUAAGAACUUCCAUAUGAGACCACUUUUUAAGUAUACCAGUUUUUAUACCUGAACUUGAUCUUUAAAUAAAAAAAUUAAAAUGCCAUAAAAUGAGUGAUGGGUGAGAUUUAGUUCUACAAAAUGUUUUGCUUUUUUUAAGUUAAACGCAAAAGCAGUAAAUGUUGUGUUGGCUUUAGAGAAAAGAACAGCAUGUGUGCACAUUCAAAAUGUGAAGAAGAUGCUGGCAGACAAGACACCCUCUUGGAGCCUUAAAUUGUCCUGUUUAUUGGUUUAUCCCUGUACAAGCUGAAGACCCUGGAAACAUAAAAGAGACAGACAUUCUCAGUAAAGUGGACCAAAAGCACAACCAAAAAGACAAACCUAGGGGGGGAAAUGUGUUUGAACAACUGACAAAUCUCCCCGUUUCAUCACUUGUAUAAUUUAAUUCAAAAUAAGUAAUCAAGAUUACAACCUGCCUCACAUGUAGUAACAGAUACAGGCAAAAUGUUUAAUAGCUUGUUUAGUGAAUUGUCUGUUGCAUAUAUCUGCCUUCAUAUAUAUUUGCAUACGUUCAUACUAACAGAUUCACAAAUGUUUUGUGAGGUUUCUAGAAAAUUGAUAUAAAUGUAAAGAAUUGUUUGAUGGUGACCAGUGCAGAGAUUAGGUCAACAGUUCAGAUUGUUAUUUUCACUUCUCUGUGAAAACGUCUUACCAUAUUUAGAACACUGUCCCCUUUCCAAUUAGAUACUUCCAGCUCUUUUCCUAUUAGUCCAUUUGGAUACCUUCAAAGCCUUUAUUUUAUUUGGCCAGUAAAAUUGGAUAGUGGUUUCCAUUGAGAGUAGCACAGUUCUGAAAUAAUCAUUUUCUGCUUCAGUGUUGGUAGGAAUGGACCAAUCAUGUUUAUACCUCAUAUUUUCUCCCUCUUGUCAGGGCUAGUUUGCCUGCACUAUAUUGCAAAGUAUUUAGCAUUUUUCACCAUGCACCACCACCCCUUUCAUGCCAGAUAACUGACAUUUAUUUGGCAAGCGCUUUACCUUCAAACCUCAGCCCAGAGUCAAAUUUUCUUUUGCAUUGGGUCUGCUCCAGUUCAGGUUUGAUUUAGUUAAUAAUUCUUGGGAAAUGUGUGAUUCCAAAUAUCAUAUAUGUUGCAGAAAGGGCUGACUACUGCCAGAAGAAGCUACAUCACUGUCUCUUCAGAUCUAUGACUUCAGAUCUAUGACUUUACUGGAGUUGCAUAGGUAGACCUUCUGAUUCUAAUGCAGUUGUGAACUUGCAUUUCACCUGGUCUCUGGAAUGGUUUUCAACAUAAAAUGGAACAUAAAAUGUGUAGAUGACUUCUACACUUUUUUUUUUACCAUGGAAAAUGAACAGGCUAGAAAAUGAAGUGCAAGCACCCAGUCACCCAUCAACUUUAUUUUCCUUUUCCUAGAAUGCCUCUGGGCACCAUGUGGGGGUUCUUUACUAGCUUUUCGGUCGGUUGGUUGGUUGGUUGGUUGGUUUGGGACUGUUUUGUCUGGGUUUGUUUGAGGGGUAUCUCUGUGUGUUUGAUUUGUAUUCGGCUAGUAGUAGUGGUGGUGGUUGUCGGAGCUUCCUUAGGACCGAGCUGUAAUGGCUCUCCUCCUCCGUCGUAUCUUCGGAAUCCAUUGGCCCGUUGCUCCGACGGUGAUUAACCACCUAAGCCUUUAAUGAGGUUUCAGGCACACUCCCAUUAUGCAGAGUACCCAAACAGCAGCAGAAGAGCGAGAAAUGUGUGCUACAUUGCUACGUUUAUUUCUAACUACGCAGGACAGAAAAGAAUAUGCGUCUGCUCUCUGUGAGAGACAGAGAACAACAGGAAACAAAAGAAACAGGAAACCAGUAACUUCAACAUCCGUCUCCCGUCUCCCGUGAGACUUCCAACAGUCUGGAAUGUCAACAGAGUCUUGUGACUCCAAAAACUGCACAGUGGCAUAACAGAAAUCUAACAGUGGUGAUGGUAUUUACCCAUCCUUCACCCUAAGGUCCCCUGGCAGGUUACAACAAUAUAUGCAGCUGUUUCACCUGUUGUGUUUUGGAGGAAGGUUCUGGAGAUCACCUGUUGUUCUUCUGUGAACUCAGUAUUCUGUGAUGCCCACCACAGUUUCUUAGAUUUCCAAAUUUGCUGCUCUGUUCAAAAAGGUUGGGAGGUCCCUGAGCUACAAGAUGAAUCAAUAAUAUGUGUCAGAUCCUUCUGCAAAACAACCACCAUAAACUCAUUUCAAGUCCUAGAGUUGCCUUAAUAGCAAUUCAUUGAUCCACAUAAUUCAUUGCUUCAUUGGGCAAUGUGCUUUUCUAUUGUUGCCAUAAGCUUGUGCAUAAAGGUACUUCCAAAUAGGGUAUUAAUUUGCAAAUGGGUUGUUAGCAACAGAUGUUUUAAGUUUAGAUUUUCCCUGGAAAAGCUACAUCUGGAUUAAGUGGCGGAAAGCAAUACAGGGUGGCAUUUUGAUGUCAUCAAUGUGCACACAUGAGGAACACCAAUCUCACAGUAAACACCUGUCUGAAAGCACCCCACGACUAAACCGUAAAAGGAAUAUUAAUGAACUCUCCCUUUAUCCUCUUUAAAAAAAAAAAAAGCUCUUCUAAGAUGUAAACCAGAAAAUCCAGACAGCUCUCUGGUUUAGGCUUGUGAAUUAAAUCCAUCUCCUUUAGACAGCCACAUACAUGUGAAAUUGUAGUAUUUGAACUCCCCACUGGGUCCUGAAUUUCAAACAACCAUAAAUAAUUCAAACCUAAACUUAUAGUCAGCCCUUUUUGAGAUUCAGGAAUGUCACUGUUCAUAUAUUUAUGAAGUGCAAGAACUUUUGUUAUAAGGAAAUGGUGGAAAGGAGAUAUUUCUAAAUCAAAACUGUUUGUGCAGUAUUUAACAUUUUAGAAUGAAACAGUUCCAUGUGUUUAAGAUAUUUUGGCGUAUUGCUGCAAAAUAUAUCUAUACAGGCACACACAUGCUGCAGUUUCGUUGUAGCUAAGGAUUGAAUCAGACACAAUGCUGAUGAUCCAUAAUUAGAAUCUCCUGGAGGUUUUCAGUAUUUAAAGCAACAAAGUGGGGGAGGGGGAGAAUCAAAUUAAGGCUGUUGUGCUGGUACAGAGCGAUUAACCCUUCCUUCCCACUUGGGGUUAAUCCACAUUUCCACUUGCCCUGCCUCUUGCCCCUAGGAAAAACCCACUGGCUACUACUGAUUGGAGCAAAUGUCAAUCAGGUGUUCUCCAGAUUGACAUUUGCUCUGAUUUUGCACUAAGAAGCAAGUAAAACCUCUUGGACCCAUGCUUUCUAGGGAUAAGCAGAAGGAUGAAUAAGCCCACAAUAUUUCCAACUGAAAUUCCCCCUAUCCCCAGCGAAUAUUUGUCCCACAGAAAUACUGUACAUUAUUCCUCACUCACACUGUUUCUGCGUGUGGAUUUCAAUCAAAAAAGUAUUGAGGGGGAAAGGGUUGAAAUCCCCCUCACCAGGAUCACAGUCUUAAACCUGUUCACACACACACACACAGAGAGAGAGAGAGAGAGAGAGAGAGAGAGAGAGAGAGUCUGUUACUGCUUUAAGCUUUAAAAAGUGAUAGAUUGUAUCACAGGUUUCAUGCCAUCUUGUCUAGUUGAGCUCUGAGCCAUGAAUCAGAAAGUGCCCUGAUUGUUAAAAAAGAAAAAUGAAGUAUAAGCUGGCAUUUUGGUGAUGGUAAUAUGUGGUGGUGGUGGUGGGGAGCCUCUUCAAAAAUUGCACAUGUGUGCAUGAGUAGUGUUUAUUCUACAGUAAACUGGAAAUACUGUGCAUUUAUAUGAACAUGGCUACUUUUCUCAACCAGUGACAUGAUUUGAAAUAUUGCUACAAAAGGAAGGCUAGUACAGUAAAGUGGGGCCCCAAAAACAGAGUAAAUGUUAGUCAAACAAUUUCCUGUCAGUUUUCUAAUCAUACUAUCCAGAUUUCAGUAAGGUUUUCUUUUUCUAAUAGUUGGUAAAAACAAUAGCUACCUGGUUUGAAGUUCUAAAACAGAAAUGGGGAGCCCUCAGCCCUACUGAUGUUAGGAACAUGCAAAGUUGCCUUACACUGAGUCAGACCAUUGGUCCAUCUAGCUUUGGCAGGCAGCAGCUCUUCUAUCCCCAUCAACCCUAGCCAGCAUGGGAGUGUGGAAGUUGUACUCCACCAACAUCUGCAGAGCCACAGGUUCCCCACCCCAGUUGUAAAAGCUCAAGGGGAAAGCGUGGUGACGGUGUGUGAUAUUAAAACAGACACAGUACCUGCCAUUUAUGCUUUGUAAUAGCUAUAAAUAGUCAAUCCCCAAACUACAUCAUCAUGAUCCCUCCCAACAUGUCAAGAGAGUGUUUGGCUGUAUUUCCCUGAGAAAAUGCAUUUAACAGAUGAAAAGAAUCUGUAUGCUCAAUAUUUGAAGUGGGACCAGAUCCCAUUCCUUAGCAAAGCCAUAUGGCUGUAAUGUAGCCAAAACAAAAUAUCCAUCUUUAAGCCAUAUUUUGUUUCCAUAGAAUCUAGUGGGAAACCUUCCAGGGAUUUCCAAAGCAAGCAAGCACAAGCUCUAAUUUUUGUCAAUAAAGGUGUCAUAUUCAGGUUUUAGAGCAUACUUAAUUAUCAUUCUUAUUUAUAUAAUUCUCAAAUUGUUUCUCUUAUACGGGAGCUUUUACAGAGCAGGUUCGCAUGUAAUAGAAGCCAAACCAUGGCUCAGCAUGAAUGUGUGAGGGGUCUUGGACAACAUAUUGUUGCCACGAUAAUCCUUGCCCAGUCCUCCUGCUACUGUGUUGCUGUGAGCUACCCUACGGAUUGACUUAGUGUGUUGUCCAAAGCCAGGCUCAUGGUUUGUCUCCUGCAGUCAAACCACAAAUUGUAAACACAAGAACACAUCUUUGUCCUGCAGCAGAGUCCUGAUGAACCCCUUCUCUUCACUUUGCUUCAACCUGAAACUGCUGUUUCCUCCAGUACAGAUGCUACCAUUUUUUCAGCUGCUGCAUAUUUGUUACUAAGCAACACCAUCUAUUCAUAUCUGGACAACACAGAUCAGCCUAACACCUGACUGCAACUAUGGUCACACCCACAGUUAAAGUACAUUAGAAGCACAUGGCUUUCACGAAAGUAUUCUGGGAACUGUAGUAGAAGACUUGUGUUUCUAAUGCAUUGUGUAGAUGUGACCAAAUGGCGAAAACUACACUGUGAAGAUGAGGCCAGCCACAAUGUCAUGUGUAUAAAACACAGAUAUACAUGCAUGCACAAUGCAAAAAAUAAUAAAAAAUGGGGAGAAUGCAGCAUAUUCACAAUGAAUAGCCUUAGGGGCUGGAUAUACAAAAUAAAUAAAGUAUGACUGGAGACAGAGAACAUAGAACAGACGUCUAGCACAUGGCAAAGGACGGAAAUAUAUAGUAGAAAUCCACUGAGAGACAUCUGUGAAUGCUGGAUCAAGAACAGCAGAGACUCCUGCAUGAUUUCAGUGUGAGUCUGGCCCAGUUGUCAGGGGCAAAACAGGAAACCACAUAUCAUGUGGUUUAGAAUGUCUGGAGACAGGGACAUAUAGACAGUGUUUGCUACAGUACCCAAGCCCAGUCGAAGAUGGGAAGGUUGUUAUUUCUGCAGAAAGUUCAGAGAGCCUCAUGCCCAAGCUCUUGGACACCAAUGACAGGGAACUUUCUGAGGAGGCAGUGGUGGGCAUGAACAUUUCUCACGCCUCUUCCUUUUGAAGAAGGGGGGGACAAGGCCUAUCCUGUGGGGCCAUAGAAGGAUCACAUCCACCAUCUGAAUCUGCAGGAGUCACUGACUGGCCACUCACAUGGUAUAUGAUAAGCCAUGGAGAGUUUGGAUCCAGAAAAGGUGCAAGAGUCAUGGUAUGAGAGGGGAGGGCUGAAGAGCCCCAAAUCUCCUAGAGCCAGAUUCAGCUCUAAAAGGGUUAAAUUAUACAGUGAAGUAUAUUCAUGCAGACUGUAUUUAAAGCAGUCUUUUGGAAUGUUAGGAAUGUAUUGUGCUUAUGUGAGGUUUUAACCUUCCUGCAAAGAAGCAAAAAUGCUGGGGGUCCUGGAACGACAAAACACAGAGAAGAAGCAGAUGUUGGUAGCAUAAAUUGCAUUGUAUCCUUCCAUGCUAUUGUGAAAGAGAAUACUUACCUCCAUUUUCAAAAUUCUGUAAUGAUCCAAGUUUUUGCUGUAGAAGCAUAUACUGGUAAUCACAGUAUUGUUUGCUUAAUUUGAAUCAGUAUUUGAAUUUUAACCCUCCUCACUGUGUUUUUGUUUGCUUGCUUGCUUUGCCCUCUUAGCGUUGCUUAGCCACAAUGCUAGAAUCAAAAACACAACUGGCAGAAUUUCCCUGUCCGGGGAUUCCCUGUUUACGAAUUCACCUUCCAUCCACAGUCCCACCCAUAUCUGAAGUUCUGAAUGGUGUUAGUUGAGUGGGAAAGAGGAGUCAUCAGGUAUUAGCUGAUAGGAACUUGGUUUUAUUCAGAAAGAGUCCAAGUCCCAGGAUGAAUUGGUACUACAGCAUUGUUUAAAUACCAUCAUGUGAGAUGAAACAAAAGGUCCUGACUCUUAUGUUUAUACCUCUACUAUUUACCCCAACACAUAAAUUGUUACCAGACUCUUAAUGGCUUUAAAAACAAUGUGAAAGCACUUCAUACAAAAAGGCAUUUCACAGUUCCGCAGUGCUGUAUAUAGAAGGCACUGGCGUAUAGUAUACUAUAAACAGCAGGCUAACAAAUCACAACUGUAGUUUGCCUUUUGUUUCUUUUGCAACCUUUUCGCAAACUCUUAAGAGCCAUUGCAAGCAAACAAUCAAAGCCACAGGAAUGGAGACAGUUGGGGAGAAGCAUAAACUGAUGUGGUUACUUCUUAACUCAGAGGCAUGGUGGCUUGCAUUCUCUGGGUAAGUAAAACUUGUGUCAGCCUUUUCAUUAUAAGCAGUAAUUUCUGAGUUACGGUACUUGCUUUACAGACUCUGUGGCAUAUUCACAGAAAGCAAUACCUGUUCCAAGAGAAGCUAGACUUCUGCAGUCAGUCUUGCAAACCACUUUCCUAGUUGAAAGAACCAGUGGCUGCUUCACUAAUCAAUCUACUUGCUUUAUCUCAACAAGCCAUUGCAGAACAAUUCUGGAAUGCACCUGCAAAAUGAUUUCAAAUGGUCCAGCAUGGACUGCUUAAAAACUAGAAAUAUACAAUGGUUCUCACCAGUUCUUUAAAUAUGGCAAGAAGCAACUUGUUUAAAAGCUAAAAAAGAAAAGGCUGGUAUCUUCCCAGCACAGCCUGACCUUUGUCAUACUAAGGGCCAAACAUGGCAAUAUACCAUAUGCAUGAAUCACUUUUAAAUUAAAUAGUAGCCAUGGGAAACUUGAUCCAGAUCAGGACCUGGGGUAUAGGGAGCUUUAAUCCUUUAUUUCCACUCCUGCUGUGGUCUUGCCUAGAUUGGUGUCCCCAUACUUUCUAUUUGCAUUGGAAGUAAAUUCCCCCAUUUGUGCUAAUGGAAGCUUUAGUGGCAAUGAAAAUAAGAGUUUAAGGGGGGUCUGUAUUGCGAUCAUAUGGGGAGGGGGAGAGUUACAGUGGCCUAACUUCCCACAAAUUGAAUUGGAUCCUAUUUAGAACCCUCCUACACUGGCUAUUUAUGUUUAGGUUGCUUGCUGAGGCUGAUGGGUGUUGUAGUUUAGCAACCUAUUGAGGGCCAAAGGUUCCCCACAGCUGAUGCUGAUCCUGAUUCUGCUGCAGCUUAAUUUGUAGCUCUGUAGCUAUACUUGAUUGGAAACCACAGGCCCUGCCCAAGUUCUCCAUGUCUAGGUCUAUAUAGGAAUACACAUAAUACAGAACAUUUAUAAAGGAACAGAUGCAUCACAGAAUGAAUACUAGCUUAUUUAAUAGGUUGCGUUCUGUUUUCAAAAUGGCAUUUUCUAGUGAUGAAACAGCUGUUUUAAAGUUGGAAUGUGCCUGAUGUACAUGGACUAGGCCAAAAGCACUGCAUUAACUAAACAUACUCUUCGGUAUUAAAGUGGUAGCAAAAGAGGAGGAAUUCAGGCAUAUUUGUAUUAAGCUUUUGACUCAUCUUUAUUGAAUGCUUUCUUUUUGCACUUAUGGAGUCUUCCAUAUUGUGUUAAAGGGGGGUUCACAGAUGUUCCCUAGUGACAUGAAAUGAGACUGUGUGUAGCACAUGUGAUUAAACAUGUCAGCUGCAGAUAUUUCUACAUGGAGACACAGAAAGUCUCUGAUAAUCAGAUGGUUUCCAUCUGGUAAUAGUGAUUUUUAAAAAAAAUACUUUUCAGCAGCAAAUCAAAUCAAUUCUGCUAUCUGCCCUUGUUGAUAGACCCAACUGAAUGCCAUACUGACUUAUUUUAGGUGUUUCUCUUUGUCACUUGCAAGUAGAGUUGAUAAACUGCUGGACUGGUCCACUUUUAACUCAGUUUUUGCACUAGGUUCUUUAUCUGGGAUUGCCGUGAUGCAUUCACAUCGUUUCUACAGAGAAUCUUUGGUCCUAAAAAUUAAUUACAGCAUUAAUCUGUCCAGCAUGGACUCACAAAACAUUGUUUUGGGGUUUCAGAGCUACUGUUUUUUUAAUGAAUAGCUCCUCCUUACUCUUUUCUUAAACAUCCUUCUCCCUCUGUGCUUAGUUGUUUCCUUCUGUUUUCUCACAUUUCCGAAUCAGUCCAUAGUCAACUCCUGUUUUAUAGAUCAGUGGUAGAGCACCCACUUCGCAUGCAAAAGGUCUCAGGUUCAAUCUCUGGCCUUUCCAGAUAGGGCUGAGAAAGACCCCUUUGUAAAACCCUGGAGAGCUGCUGCCACUCAACAACAACAGUACCUAGCCAGAUAGUCUGACUCCCUAUGUUCCUGUGUGGAAGGGGGGACCUUUCCUCCUCUUUGCAGCCAGAACAAUUGUUCGUAAUUUUUAAAUUAUUAUUUCUUUUUUAAAAAAAAGAUAUUUAUUAAGAUUUUCAAAAUGUUACAAAACAAAAACAAAAAAAGAAAAAUAUACAAAAAUAAAAAUUGCUAAGAACAACUCAAUCUUUCCAUUACUUAUUUUUCAUUAGCUUAUUUCCCGGACCUCCUCACGCCUCCCUUUUUUGUAUUCCAGUUCAGUUUGUUGGUUCAGCAAAUCCUUACCCUCUUUGUUUAUCCUAAUCCCUAAUCUUAAAAUAUUGUAACGUUAAAUUUUUACCUAUUAAUAAUCUAUUUUUCAUAUUCCCUUAUAGUAUUACAGCUGAAAACCACUUAAUUUCUAUCCAACAUCAUUCUAACAUUCAUUAAUUUUACAAUAUUUCUGUAGAUAGUCCUUAAAUUUCUUCCAAUCUUCUUCCACCGACUCUUCUCCCUGGUCUCGGAUUCUGCCAGUCAUUUCCGCCAAUUCCAUAUAGCCCAUAAAUUAUUAUUUCUUACAUUUGACAGCACAAUUGCACCAAUAAAAAUGAAGUUUAAAAAUUCCCAUUUCCUCCGACUGCCAAUUCAAGAAUUUUAGACCACACAAGCAAACAGGAAGAAACUACCAGUAAUUACAGUGGUAGAAGCCACUUUAAAAGGGGGGGAGGAGGAGGAGGAGAAGGAAACUACUAAUUGAAGAAACAGUUGCAGGAAGAAGCAGAGCAUUUGCUAUGACUUACUUCUGAGGAAGGAGGGACGCUGGUGGCGCUGUGGGUUAAACCACAGAGCCUAGGACUUGCUGAUCAGAAGGUCGGCGGUUCGAAUCCCCGCGACGGGGUGAGCUCCCGUUGCUCGGUCCCUGCUCUUGCCAACCUAGCUGUUCAAAAGCACGUCAAAGUGCAAGUAGAUAAAUAGGUACCGCUCUGGCAGGAAAGUAAAUGGUGUUUCCGUGCGCUGCUCUGGUUCGCCAGAAGCGGCUUAGUCAUGCUGGCCACAUGACUCAGAAGCUGUACGCCGGCUCCCUCGGCCAGUAAAGUGAGCUGAGCGCCACAACCCCAGAGUCGGUCACGACUGGACCUAAUGGUCAGGGGUCCCUUUACCCUUUACCUUUUUACUUCUGAGUAAACGUAGUAGGAUUCCUCAUAGAAUGGAAUUGCCAGAUUUGAAAUGGGGAAUUUCAUUUUAUAUCAAGUUCUGAGUAAAACCAGCAUUUUAAUGCCAGUUUCGGCUGAUAGUGGAAAAGCAAUAUUGCAGAAGUUCCAAAGGACCCUAGUGUGGACGCAGCCUAAGAUUCUUUAAUUUUAUAAAUGACAAUCUGCUUGUUUGACAACUCUUGAUCUAGGAGUUCUUGGCUAUGGAGUUCAUUGCACAUAUGUUCCCAACUUGCUCAUCGACCACCACAGAUUCACCUAAACAUAUAUGGUGAUAUGCAAGCUUGGGAUGUGCAACCCCAGUCAAACAAACAAAACACUGCAACAGGCUUGGUGACCAAAUGUGGCUCUCCAGACAUCUCUGUUUGGAUCCUGGGAUUUCCCCCAGUUCAUGUGCUCCCCAGGUCAUGCCCUGCACUGGCCCUGUUCCGUCCCCUUCUUGAGUGCUUUUGCCUGACUGGAAUAUGUCCUUGAAUUAUGAACAUGUUUGUCUGGACGGAGGAUAGAAUAAGUGUUAGAGAUACAUGGGUGUGAGUGUAGAGCCAGUGUGGUGUAGUGGUUAAGAGCGAUAGACUCGUAAUCUGGGGAACUGGGUUUGCGUCUCUGCUCCUCCACAUGCAGCUGCUGGGUGACCUUGGGCUAGUCACACUUCUCUGGAGUCUCUCAUCCCCACUCACCUCACAGAGUGUUUGUUGUGGGGGAGGAAGGGAAAGGAGAAUGUUAGACGCUUUGAGACUCCUUCGGGUAGUGAUAAAGCGGGAUAUCAAAUCCAAAGUCUUCUUCUAGAAACCUCUGACAUUGGUGCGGUUGGAAUGUAGCCUACUGUACAAAGGGAAGAAUCACAUCUGUUGCUCCACCUACUUCCUUCUCUGGCUCCACCCAGUCGUGGGACACAGCUCUUGAAAGGUCACUCGUCUAGCAUUUGGCCUGAAAGAUUCCCCACCCCCUUCCUUACAAGCUGGAAAGCACAUUAAUAUCACCUACCACAACAGCUUAUUUAGAACCAAAGACAAACGGUAUCUCCAUAACUUGGGAUUUAUGUUAAUGGAAAAACAAUUUUGGUGGGGACAGGGUUACGUAACGUCAUUGGGUUACAGCCAGAGUUUGUUCCCAUUGAAAACAAGUUGCAUAAAGUUAAGUCGUGACUCAUUUGUCCCUUUGAUUUCAACUAAUUAAGUCUGAAUCCCUCCAACCCAUUUUUCCUAUAUACAGUAGAUUGAUUAAAAAGGGAGAGCGAGACAGAAUUUAUCAAUAGGUAAAGUAACACCAGUGAUGAAAAUAAAUGUCUUUGUGUUACUUGUGAAGACUGAAAUAACAGGAUGACUAAUUUAACUUGGGGGGUGGGGGUGUAUGAUAACCAUAGUUUACUGGGGUCACAUAGUCUUAUCUCUUGUUAAAGAAGCAUCUUCUGCAAAGAGAGUGAGUAAUAGUCUACAAAUAGGUUUGAACUUUUCCAGUUAAUCAGUAGUGGGUCAAUUAUUUCCAGUAUGAGGAAUUUGAACUAAAUAAGUGAGCAUUUCUAAGGAGGGGAGGAGAGGGAGAGAGAGAGAAAGAAAGAAAAAGGAUGGGCAUUGUUGCUGAGAGUGGGUUUACACACACAAAUGUGGUUUGUAUUUGCAUUGAGUGGAUUCUCUGAUACAUACCUAAGUGUUUUGAUAUAGUGCUUGCACUGAAAGUAAGUGAGAUUGUUUGUCUGCUGGAUGAGAUGUCUAUUCUUGAUGAAAUUAUGGAUGUAACCAAGGGGGCUGUUUAUGUGAACACACACACAGAGAGAGAGACUUUUGGGACACCUGCCACUCCUGUACCCAAGAGAACUGUAAAAUAAUAAGACUGUGAAAGCAAACUGGCUUUUAAAAGCUUGGGAGACUAAAUGGAAAGCCGAGGGGUUGACUGACAGGCUUCCUGAGCUUCAUUUAGUGAUCCCUUCAUGAAUCUGUUUCAAGACAGAGGUACAGCUUUAUUGCACAGUUUGACACUCUAGAAUGGGCCAUCUUAGUUAAAAAGCUGCGAAGUGAUUAAAUCUGAUAGUGGGGGGAAACCCCUGAGACAAAAUUUUUGGCAGUUUUCUACUUCAUGUAGAGUGCUUCAGGUCAGAGAGGUCCUGUAAAUAGCCCAGUAAUGGCUGGUUCCUCAGCAGGCAUAAGCAUGUGCUUUGAGUUUGCAAAAUGAUUCAGGAGCAUGCUGUGAGAUAGCUACUGAUAACAAGCAGAUGUGAAGCGUUCUUUUCAAAGUGGGGGGACCUAAGAAAGGGGAACUACACUAGACGUUCGUUGAAUCUGAUUUUGGUAGGCAUGAUAUAAUUCCCAUUAUAACUGCUUUUGGCAUUAGUGUAAGCUUUAGGGACAAGGAGAGCAAAUUUGAAGGGGAAGAAUGUGUCCCUUUCCUGCAGAUAUACGAGACCAAAAAUUGCAUAGGCAUUUAAAUGGGUUCUUUAUUUAUGAUCUUAUCUCAAAAGAUUAUGAGAAACAGUUUUCCAGUGACCUAUAAAAGCUUUUCUUUCUGUUUUAUAAUAUAGUGAAGCAUUUUAGUAAUGAUCCAUACCCACUACCACUUUAAAACCAAAGGUAUGAAAAUCCACCCCUGUGCUUGGAUGUGUGUGUUUACUUUAAAAGGCUUGUGUGAUUUUACCAGAAGGAACCUUUCUAAAUAUGGCCUGUACUAACUCCCCCUAAAGCAAACAUCUCUGGUUUGCUGGCAAAAGGCUCUGGGUACUUCAUCCGUACCACAAUGAAGUUCCACAGUAUGCUGAUUCACAUGAUGGGAAAUGGAAAACCAGACUUCUUGGCACAUUAUAUAAAGAGUGAGUUGCUUUUUGGUGGCCUGACAGUACACUACGAAUGCACUGAACUCCAAGAAUGCACUGGUGGACAUGUAUGUUGUACGCCUGAACACAUUAAAAAUAAGAUAAUCAUAACCUUAUGGGCCCAUCGGCAAAAAUUCUAGCCACUGUCCAGGAAAGAGGAGCACCUGUGACUAAUUCACUCACACUCGAUUCUUUAAAAACCAUUUCAGGCAUGUGUCCCUCUCUGCCACUGCCGUUUGAUAAAUCAAAGUGGGGGGACAGGGACCAAAGCAGGUGCAAUGGCUUAGUUUGGGGCAAAUGUCAGAAGCCUGAUGUUGGAUGCUGCUGCCAGCUCUGGUUACGUUUGUACUUAAGAACACUCAGAUUGAAAAACUAACCACAUUCCAAAAUCUGAGACUUUUUUUUUUUUAAGCAGAGGUGAACUGCUGCUCAAAAUUGAUGCUACAUGCAAAGUGGAUAGUAUUUUUUCCCCUAAUUGCACAAUUACAUUAUAUAGUGAUUGCAUCCUUAUUGAAUUCACUGUUGCGGGCAUAGACAUUUUAUUUUCUCUGCCUUUCUGUUUGUUCCUCUAGCAAUGAACAAACUCAACUCUGGGGCUGUCUCAUGUGAUUAUUUAGCACCUGCAGCACUCCAGACAUUUAGCUUUGGAACCAAUUACCGUAUUUUUCGCUCCAUAAGACACACUUUUUCCCUCCUAAAAAGUAGGGGGAAAUGUGUGUGCGUCUUUUGGAGUGAAUGCAGGCAGGAGGCUCUGCUCAGCGCUCCCUUUAAAGAGCCGUGUGGAGCGUGUGUGCGGCUCUUGGGGGCUUUUCCACGAGCUGGGAGAAGGGAUUAACGGGCUGCCCUCUGUCCUUUCCCCCACUUCCCAGAAAAGCCAGCAAGAGCCGCUGCCAGGCUUUGCUCAGCACUCCCUUGUAAGGGCUCCCUUUCGUCCCUCAUCCCGCUUUGCUGGGAAGCCAGCAGAACAAGAGGCGCUGCGCAGCUAUCGCUCUUGCUCUUCUGGCUUCAGCGAGAGCUGCGCAGCUUGCUCUGCUGGCUUCUUAGCGAAGCAGGAGGAGGGACGGAAGGGUUUAAAGCAAGAAAAGCAAGAGCCGCUUACAUGUUCUGCGCAGAAUUUUUUUUUUCUUGCUUUCCCCCUCUGAAAACUAGGUGCGUCUUAUGGUCAGGUGCAUCUUAUGGAGCAAAAAAUACGGUAUGUAUCAAAUGAAUCUUCCACAUCUGGGACAAGGAAAGUGGAGGUGCCCUCUAAAUUUCCAAGAGUACACUGGAUCCCCGUAGCUCAGGGUUGGGAACUUGUGCCCCUUCAGAUGUUGUUGGGCUACAACUCCCAGCGUUCCUGGUUUCGGCCAUGCUGAUGAGAGUUGGGGAUGGGAACAAUAUCUGGAAGAGCACAGGUUCCUCACCCCUGAUGUAGCUUGUGUGAGCAAGCCAAACCACAUGCUGCAGAAAAAUGCAAAUAAUUCUGAGGGUUACUACCAUGGGGAUAAGAGACCUUGUACAAUGCUUCAGUACACACAAAAUGGAGUUUAGUAAAGAAGCAGUGGGGGAUCAAUUCUUUGAUAACCAAAGCUGAGUUGUAGCUUUGGGGAAAGAUUAAUCUGGCUGGGCUCCCCAACCCCCAUUAGUGGAUUGAGAAGAGGGGCAUGUAAUUGAAUCAAGACAUCAGAUUUUCGAAGUAAUUGAGUGAGACAUCAGAUUUUAGGAAACAUUUAAGGUGGGAAAGCUACUGAACCAAGAACCAAAAUAGACAUUAGACCUAAACAUUUAAAAUAUAUUCAUAAAGAACCAGGAAAUACAUCAGUAAUUCCAUCUGACCUUGAAAGAAAACAAAAAAGGGAAUUAAAAUUUAAUUUUACAUUUAUUUUGAAAACACAUUGCCAGGCAAGAGAAUAAUAUGGCUGGCUACAAAUCAUAUGUCAUUUUCUUUCAGCAUAUUUUGAAUGCAGAACAAUUGUGUGAUUGUUGGGGCAAAGUGAUUUCAAACAGGUUGCAAAGUGAGAUCUAAGUGUUUUUCUGCAGUAGAAGAGAAAUCAGUAAGGCCCAAUACACACCCAAUCCAGAUUGGGGACCUACACUAAUUUUCUACUUAAAAUGGCUUCCUUCUGGGUUGUUCUCUCUCGCUCUCUCUCACUCUCUCCCCCCCCCCCCUCGGAGCAGCACCUUCAAGGGCAAAUAGCAACCACAUGGGAGGUGAAUUUCAACAGAAAACCAGUGUGAAGCUCAAAUCCAGAUAAAUCUUUGGGGAAAUGGCCAUUUAAGUCUGUAUCAAAAUACCAUAUUUACAUGAAUCUAAUGCACCAUCAAAUCUAAUGCACACCCCCUAAUUUUCGCAAUGUAAUUUGGUCAAAAAAGGUGUACAUUACAUGCCAGUAGAUAUGGUAGUGUGAUUAUACAUAGGUGGCAUUACACACCUCUCAGAUGUUAUAUGACAAACCUGCAAUCAAACCCACUAUGCUAGAGAGGUUUCCAACAGUUGGGAUCUUAUUAUCACAUGUGGUGGAGCUGCAAGAAUUUUCAAUAUCUUUGGAGUUUUGUAAUAGAUGAAGUAAGUCUUAUUACAGGUAAAACAGUUCUCUGUGACCUCAGAUUAGCAUUAUGAAACUUGUUUACUGAAGAUGUAAGAUACGUAGUGGUAAAAGAAUUAUUAAUCCUUUCUACGAUGGCCACCAGAAAAGUUUUAGCUCAGAACUGGAAGACAGCUGGUAAUUUGACACUGGAGCAUGGUACAAGAAAAUCUGGAAGAUAGCGCUCAUUGAAAAACUAAGUUUUACAAAUACACCAAACAAAGAUGAUUUUGAGGAAACAUGGUACAUUUUUAUUCACCACACCAAAAGCAAAAACAGGAAAGGACAUUGUUGUUGACUCUUGGCAAUCUCUGGAGUAAUCUGCUAGAUAAUGAGCAUGAUAUUGCCUAAUACCUACUGUGUGUGUGUGUGUGUGUGUGUGUGUGUGUGUGUGUGUGACGAAUGGUAAGGAGUGGGAAGUAGGAGUUCUUUUGAGUUAGGCAGUGGUUAGGCAGUUUAUCUGUAUUUAUAGCUGAAAAUGUAUAAAUAAAGACUAUAAAGACUCCCUGUUAUUUUUGCCGCAACAGUCCAAAAUGACUACCCCUCUAGAAAUAGGUAGAUUAUUAUAUUAAAUAGAAAUGCAGCAGAAAACUUCAAGUAUUUAUUUUUCAGAUCAGCAGAAGACAGGUUUAAUUGUUUCGAAGCCAGGGUGAAUUUUAGCUAAAUGUUUAGUGCACAUUUGCCUCCAGGGCUAGAAAGUGAGAUACUUAAAGCUAGAAGCUGUGAGGAAUUUAUAGAUUAUAAAAGGCAAUUAUGUUGACAGCUUUACCAGCUGAUCUGUCAAAAAACAAAUGACAAGGCAGUUUGUUAAAGAAUAGAGACACAUGAAACGCCAAGGAAUCAUAGACUCUUACCAAGGGUCAUCUAGUCCAACCGUGCUGCGACCUUACAAUGGAUGGAAUUGUUUCUAAGAUCAUUAUAAAAAGGGCAGUCAAGGAGUACGGUAUAUUAAGCUGCCUAGAGUAGUGCCUCUAGUUAAGAACAGUUUCAGGUUAAGAACGAAUCUCCGGAACGAAUUAAGUUCAUAAUUAGAGGUACCACUGUAGGGACAUACUAUUCCAUAAUAACAAUAAUUUUAUUAUUAUUUAUACCCCACCCACCUGAUUGGGUUACCCCAGCUACACUGGGCAGCUUCCAACAUAUAUAAAAACAUAAUAAAACAUUAAACUUUAAAAACUUCCCUAUACAAGGCUGCCUUCAGAUGUCUUCUAAAGGUUAUCUAGUUACUUAUCUCCUUGGCUCAGGGGUCACAUAACUCCAUACCCUUCAACAGUUCUCUGAUGAAAAUAGAAACAUCCAAAGCAAAAGCGGGAUAUUCUGGGGCUACUGAGCUAUAUAGUCCAACCAGGGGGGAUGGGGAGUGAGGAAUGUUGCACAUGUGAAUACAGUGGUACCUUGGGUUAAGUACUUAAUUUGUUCCGGAGGUCCAUUCUUAACCUGAAACUGUUCUUAACCUGAAGCACCACUUUGGCUAAUGGGGCCUCCUGCUGCCACCGUGCCACCGGAGCACGAUUUCUGUUCUCAUCCUGAAGCAAAGUUCUUAACCUGAAGCACUAUUUCUGGGUUAGCGGAGUCUGUAACCUGAAGCGUAUGUAACCCGAGGUACCACUGUAAUAUAUGUACAUGCCUCUCUGGAGGACGGGCAUUGCCUUCAUAUUGCUUGCUGUUUUCAUAACAAAUGCUCUGGCUGACAUCCAAACAAUGUUAAGCCCAUUUUAAGUCACAUGAUUUUAGUGGGAGACGGCUAAUCAUGUGAGUAAUUCUCCCACUGGACCUUAAAAGUGUUUAGCUUUGGCUGAAUCGUGCUCAUGGAAUUCUUGUUCAGAAGUUGCAGCACACAAAUUCUUUAUGAUGGUGAUGGCAACUGGUGAUUGACAAUGUAUAUCUUUACCAUUCCACAUUCACAGCCAUGUCUAGAUAAUAUUACUCAAAUUAAAAUGACUUUCCCUGUUUUAAAUGCUGCAUUAACAGUGCAGUCCUAACCUCCUGACCAGCCUUGUUGGGAAUAGGUUGGUGGAGUUGUCCUUCUGAUGGGCUUGUCUGGCCUGACCCCAUUUGGGAUUGCUCUGCCCCAUAUCCAUAUUUGUGCUUAAAAAUCCACUUUGGAGUUUAAAAGCCUUUGGUAAGAUUGCGUUUUUGCAAUCCUCGCCAUUUAAACUGGCAGUUUAAAAGCUGUCAGCCCUAGGAGUUUAAUUGUCUUGGCACAUUUUUGUGGUUUGACAUCCUGCUGUAACAAAUCUGUGCUUUUCCUCAAAAUGAACUAUAGCAGUCUUGAAGUUCAUAAUGUUUGGUUAACAUGGAAUUCAGACACUUUGUGUGUGUGUCUUUUUAAAAAUUCCCCCAUGUUGUGGUUGAGUUUUUUUCUUCUGUCCUUUCAAUUAAGAUAUGUUGUAUUUAAUCACAGUAGGGUAUUGUUUGGUGGUUCCCUAUAAUUAAUGGCUAAGGCUGCUGAAGUGUGUAAUUAGGCUUUUUAUCUAUUCAUUCUGUAUCUCUGGCCUACAAUGAGCAAGAGCAAAGUCAUAAGCAAAAUGACUGGGUUAUAAAAAAAAUAAGUGAGAGAUUAUGGUCAAACUGGAUAAUGAGGUUUCUUCCAUUCAGUGAAAAGGUUUGUGUACAGUACAUACAGCCAGAAGUAUUUCCUUUUAUGAAACCCUUCCAGAGAAAAUAAUGGCAUCCUUUUGGGACACUUUAUUAUGUCAGAUAUGGAAGAAAGGGGAUGUGGAUGGCGCUGUGGGUUAAACCACAGAACCUAGGACUUGCUGAUCAGAAGGUUGGCUGUUCAGAUCCCCACGACGGGGUGAGCUCCCGUUGCUCAGUCCCUGCUCCUGCCAACCUAGCAGUUCGAAAGCAAGAAGAUCAAUAGGUACCGCUCUGGCGGGAAGGUAAAUGGCAUUUCCGUGCGCUGCUCUGGUUCUCCAGAAGCGGCUUAGUCAUGCUGGCCACAUGACCCGGAAGCUGUAGGCCGGUUCCCUCAGCCAAUAAAGUGAGAUGAGCGCCGCAACCCCAGAGUCGUCUGCGACUGGACCUAAUGGUCAGGGGUUCCUUUACCUUUACCUUUUAUGGAAGAAAGGAUUAAUGAAGUGAUGCAGCAGUUGAAUCAGUGGUUUUGCAAACGAGAUCUUUCCUGCCCCUUCAUGUGUACAGAGCUUUAAGAAACUGGGCCAAUGAUUUUCAAAGACAAAUAAAAAUCCUAUUGAAAUUCAGAGGCAUGGAUGCAUUUAUACUUGUCUGAAAGACUAAAUGUUAGCAUAUUUCAUGAGGUUCCCACUGGCAACAGUUUUUCUGCCCCUUUGCACAUAUUUUUAUUUUAGCUUUAAUCUUUUAUUUUAUUUUAUUUUCUUCCUUUAUAAAUGAAAAUCUUUCAAUAAAAUAUCAGUUAACACCCCCCACCCUUUUUGGCCCUAAUAGGGCUUUCCAGAGCCAAUAAAAUCUAUUUUAAGCAGAUGAAGAACGUCAUAACUGCCCCCAAACUCUUUCCCCACACACCCUGCGAAAUGAUAAUCUGAAGAUCAGAACCAGAGUUUACAUUUGGGCCUUGUCUUGAUAAACAAUCCAGAUAUUCAUUUCAACAGACUCUUUAGAGCUUUGUUGCUUUGCUUUGCUUUAUGUUAAAGAUAGGAUAUUAUGUUUUCACCUAAGAUAGUAAAGCAAGGCUCAUAGAAAUAACUCAGUGAGAGAGACUAACAUUCAAAAGAAUGACAUAUGAGAUGAAAUUAAAUAUAUUAUGGAGUCUGUCUCCUUGAAAAGCAUCCCUCUCCUUCCUGAAAAGGGGCAAAACAUGUUUUUUUCCCCCAUUCUUGAGUAGUAAAACUGUUUAUCUGCAGCUCCAAAAGAAUCUGCAGAUGGAGACCCCCCACCUGAGAACAAAGUCCCCGGUCACUGGAAUGUAAUACUAGAAAAACAAAUACUACAAAGGCUAGUAACAGGAGGAUGUCUUUCUAGCUUGUUUUUGUGUGACCAUCUUGGCUCCCGGAGAAAGGGGGUCCCCAAAACAUGUGUACCAGCUGGAUCCCUUUGUACUGAAUUUCAGUCUGUUUAGCCAGAUGUCUUCCCAACAGUGACGAAAAAACAGAGCUCUUAUUCUAAUAAGUCAGGAAACAGAAAAGUGUGUCAAGUGAAAGGAGGCCCAUUGUCUCCCAUCUGAUAUUUAUUAAACGUUGUUUAAGUCAGCAAUGAGAAAUGUGCAACAUCCGGAAGUGACCCCGACUCUCUGGUAUGCUCAACCAGUGACAAAAGUCUGGGAGCAGCUCAACAUUAAAGCCAUGUGCUCAGAUUGCAUAACAGAGUGUGCAAACCAUGGGACGGUAAUAACAAAUGAAAAUCUGAUGCAGACUAAGCUCAGUUCUGCAUGACUUAAUGUAUGACCUCUAAACAAAACCCUGUAUACAAUACUAGUCUAACAAGAUGUCAAGAAGCUCUUAAGAAUAAGAUGAUUCUUGCACACUUCUUUUUUCAUGCAGAAAAGUUUCUUUUAAUAUCAGUUAAAAGAAAAGACCCUUGUGUGUGCACAUAUGAUAAAAAUGAAUAUAUCUGCUUUUUGAAAUGCUGCAGUUUUGUUAGCUGUGUUCUGAUGACAUUUAAAGCUAAGGUUUAGCAUUGCAAGAACGAGCCUAGCCUUCCCUCGCCACCCCCAGAUUUAUCCAAUGCUCCCUGCUGCAAGGAAGAGAUCAGAAGGUUCCAAGUUACGUUUUAUAUUAAAUGCAGUUUAGAUUUGCCAUCAGAGCCCUAUAGUGUAGUAACUUUAACUAUGGUUAGUGAAAACAAGCUAGCUUCAUAAAGUUCAAUUUGAAGUUGCCUCGUUUCUAGUAAUCAUAGUUAAAAUUAACCUCAGUUUGUUUGGAUUUGGAUGACAUGACAAGCUGCGGUUAAUAAAAACAAAAAGCAAAGUGAAAGUUUCCAAACCCAUCCUUACCACAGGGAAAAGGCGAGUGCACAAGUCCAGUAAGAAAGCUUGGCUCAUUCUAAAGAAUAGUGUAGAAUUAUGCCUGAACCCCACUGGCUUUCCACUAGUGCGAGGGUUCUUAAACUGUGGUCUGUGCACAACUGGUAGUCCAUUAGUUUUGUUCAAGUGUUCCACAUCAUUUCUGUAGCUGAAGAGGAGUUGAAGAUAGGAGGUGGCACACCUAUCAGAUUAAAGAUUCAUUUUUAUUUUUAGUUGUCUUUUAUUUCCUUGAAUUGGUAAGAAAACUAGAAGAAAUAAAAGAAUCAAUAAAAUACAGUAUUGAAAUAUCAUACAGCAUCUAAUAUAGAGCAUUAUAAUUGUUACAACAGGCAGGAAAAUCAUUAUUUUGUCUGCCAAGACCCUCAGCAACUUCAAGUGGUCCCUAGGCAAGAAGGUUUGGGAGCCACUGCACUGGGGCCUUCAUGGAGCAAAAAUGGUUCCACAGUUCUGCUGUUUUUCUAACGGAAACCUCCAGAGAGCAUCAGAUCUUAUUGAAAGUAUCCUGGGAAUGCUUACUGUCAUGGUCCAGGACACAGAUGUGAAAAUUUAAAAGCUUAACAGAAUAAAAAUGUAAAACACCUGAAAAGCAUUCAGGGUGAAAAGGCCUAAACAUGAAAAAUGACAUAGGGUUAGAUCUAAAAUCUUCACUUUCUUUUGCAGGCAUUCAAGAGGGAACACAAUGCACCAAGUGUAAAAGCAACUGGGCACUGAAGUUUUCCAUCAUACUGUUGUAUGUAUUAUGUGCCUUGUUAACAAUAACAGUAGCCAUUCUUGGAUACAAAGGUAUGUAUCACAUCUAUAACAGCUGCCUUUUGAGUAGGAAUUCAAGAAAAGGGGAUGAAAGGAAAUAUUUAUAAAUAAAAGGAUUUUUCAGAUUCAGUAUGAUAUGAUUUCAGAAAAGGCUAUUCUGAUACAUAUUUCAGUAUUAGAACUGUUAUUUUCAAAGACUUAUUAAUAUAUAUUCAUCCCGAUCUAUACAUAUUUACUUGUAAAUAAUAGCCUGUUUAUGCAAUUGCAGCUUCCAGAAAUUCUGUACAUAUGGCAGGCUAUUAGGGAAUGUGUACCAUCUGAGCACUCAUGAACUUAAUUUCUGCAAUCCUUAACCUACCCAGGCCUUUAUUUUUUAUGGAUAAGGGUCACAGAAAUUAGGAAUAUAUGUAUAUGUCCCAGGCCACAUGUUAUUUCAUAUGUAUGGUGAACUGCACACAAACAGUCCUUGAAAUCCUACCAAAUACAGAAUUUCCAGCCUUAGACUAUGUUGAUUACCAGGGAACUGACUUUCAUGUAAGUGUGCUUUGGAAAAGGAAUGUAAACUUUGGGAGAGAACAAAAUUCUUUGUAUGGAAGAAGUUCCAUUGGGAACUCCAUCCAGGUAAAUUCAUCUUUAUCAACCUUCAUGAGGAUGGAGCCUUCAUUCCCAAACAAAUAUAUUGUAAUGUAAUUCCUGGAGAUAUUUUGUCCUAAGGAAUUUUGUGAUUGUGAAACUUCUGGUAGCAAUUGGCUAGGCCACUGAGAGAAUGAAAUUGUCAACAAUAUUUAAGUGUGGGGUUUUUUUAACACCACACAAUAUCAAAUGUUUGGGGUGGAUAAAAACUUUUAAACACUUGUUUUGUUCUUGGUGCCAUUUCAGGAGAUUUGGCAACAGAGACAAGGCUUCCUAUGGUGGUGCCAUGACUCUAGAAUUGAAAUGGGGGAGGUCAAGCUCUCUAAUUAGUUUAUGCCAACUCUGUUUAAUUGUGUAGUCCUUUUGAAUUAUUGCUAAAAUACUGUUUUUAUUGUUCCAGUUGUAGAAAAAAUGGACAAUGUUACUGGAGGAAUGGAAAAUUCACAUAAAAGAUAUGCUGAGAAACUCACAACAGUGGAGGGUGACCUGAAAAAAUUGGGUAAUUCAUAUGCAAACAAAAGCAGUAUGUUAAUUAUUGUUUAGUUUAUUGACUGAUCAGAUUUCCUUGUCAGUUUGUUUUUGUUUAGUCAUUUAGUCGUGUCCGACUCUCCAUGACCCCAUGGACCAGAGCACGCCAGGCACUCCUGUCUUCCACUGCCUCCCGCAGUUUGGUCAAACUCAUGCUGGUAGCUUCGAGAACUGAUCAGAUUUCCUUGUCAGUUAAUUAGUACUUAAACCCUAUUCAAGAGCAGUGGUGUUGGUAUUUCAAUGGAGAAACCUAUACUGUUGGAACUAUUCCCAGAAGGGAGGAAAUAUUUUGUGCCUAAUCUCUUGCAGAAACCCAGCUUGUCCCAUGCAUAGGGAUGGAGGAGAAAUCAAAUUCAGUUCACAUUUAAAGAUGAACAAUACCCAGUUUGCACUUUCCAAAAGAAUUCACAAACUGAAACGUAGCCAUCCUUCAAAGUUUGCACUUCUAAGAAUUUUGCAAUGCAGUUCUGCAGGCAAUGCCGUUCUCCAUGAGAUUCAUUCAUAUGUACUCUAGUGAAAAUUAGGACCUCUUAUGGCACCAGUGGCGCUUAAGUGCACCAUUGUGUUUUAUGUUAAAGAAAAAGGAACUAUCAGGUUAUGUUGUCUUAAAGGAAAAGGAGCCAUUAUUCUGUUCUUCUAGAGUUAAAAAUCAGCCAUAUGCCAAAAUAUUUUUGGUUUGUUGCACCCGUUGAAUUAACAAAGAAGCAAACUGUAUUAAAGCAAAGUUCCUCUGCUAAAUAAUAAGCUACAAAAUCAUCCCUGAAUUAUUAUUUUUUUGCUCUCUCUUUUUUUUUUUAGAUUACCAAGCUGCAGAGAAAGCUGUGAGCACCAACACAGAGCUUUCAAGCUUCAAGGCUGACAUUCUGGCCCUCCGCCAACAGCUUCAUGAGAUUUCAGAGAAAACAGCAAAGAACAAAGAUACACUGGAGAAGUUGCAGGAGUCUGGGAACAUGUUAGAUGAGCGGCAGAGCCAAAUGAAAGGUGUUUUGGAUAGCAACUCUUUCAUGAUUUUAAGUGUCAACAAAACUCUCCAAGCUUACAAUGGCUACAUCAACGACCUUCAGAAAGACACGAGUAACAUUCAGACAAGUUUGCAAAGUCAAAUGCACUCACAUAACAUAGUCAUCAUGAAUCUGAACAAUCUCAAUCAGACCCAAGUUCAGCAAAGAGAUCUUAUUAGUGCUUUGCAGAGAUCUGUGGAUGAUACAAGUCAAGCUAUCCAAAGGAUCAAAAGCGACUUUCAAAACCUUCAGCAGGUUGCCCUCCAAGCACGGAAGGACACAGACUGGCUCAAAGAGAAAGUGCAGAAUUUGCAGACAUUAGCAGCCAAUAACUCAGCUUUGGCCAAAGCUAAUAAUGAUACACUUGAGGAUAUGAACAGUCAGCUUAGCUCAUUCAGUGGACAGAUGGAGAACAUCACCACUAUUGCACAAGCCAAUGAACAAAGUUUGAAGGAGCUCCAAGAACGCCAUAAAGAAUAUGAAAAUGGAACAUCUGCCAAGUUUAGCCAGCAAGAAGACCGAUUUCAAAACUUUGAGAAAGAUAUUGUCAACAUCAUUAGUAAUAUUAGCUACACGGCUCAUCACUUGCGGACACUAACUAGCAACCUCAACGAUGUCCGGACAACAUGCACAGAUACUCUUAGUAAACAUACAGACGAGCUGACUUUUAUGAACAACACAUUAGCAAAUAUUCGCCUGGAUGCAACUGCUCUCAGGAUGCAACAGGAUGUGAUGAGGACAAGAUUAGAUAUUGAAGUAUCCAAUUUAUCUGUAGUAAUGGAAGAAAUGAAGUUGGUAGAUUCUAAACAUGGCCAGCUCAUUAAGAAUUUCACAAUACUACAAGGUGAGAAAUGUCUCAGAUAAUCCACUGUACAUAGUGCCAAGAUACUGGCUAGUAAUGUUUGUUUCUCCCAGCAAUGUUAAUAUCAUCAUAAAUCAUGGCCAUGGGUGCUAGUGCAAGUGGGUAGUACGGCUCACUCAGCCCAAGCUGUACAAUUACUGUUGUGCCAAAAACCACAAUAUUUCUGUCCCCCUCUGUGCAUUGCUUAGGAAGCACUUGUUCUUUGUGGUACUACAUCUUGAACUUUCCAAUUUGAUGCUAUCUGAAUUUCUGGGACUAAACUUCUGAAGUGUCCUUACUUUUCCUUAACAUUAACUUGGCCAAUGGUUCUGCACCUAAAUAUUCUGUAGUAUGGCUGCAUAUGCUUGUUUGAUAGCCUAUGAUGUUCUAAAUUGUACUUGCCUUUUGACUAUGAACCACCACCUUGAUUAACUUGGCUACAGAAUGAAUACAUGGUGUCUGUUUCAUAGAGUGCAUAAAUGCCUUCUUAUAAAGGACAGUUUCUGCUUUCUGCAUGUUUGCCUGUGUGCCUGUGUUCUCUGUAAGUUUGCUGUUGGUCUGAGUAGCCGAAAAGGAAAUAGUGCUACAUAUGCAUGAAAAUGGCUGUAUAUUUUAUGCCCAAUCUGUUAAAUUUGACAUAAAGUGUCAAAGAGAGGUCAAAUCUGUGAGAUAGGCCUUAAAACUUUAAUCAUUGGGGAUUCAAAGCAUUUUUAUUUUUGAGGUGAUUUUUAACUCAGUAUAUUUCUGUGUUAGGGAAUGAAAUAGUAAAUGUUAUGCCCCCUCCUCCAAGUGGUGAGUUAAAGAUAAUUAAUCAAUUAAAAAAAUUGGAAGAUGUGCAAUGCCAAGAAACACACACAAAAUCCCAAAUGAAAUGGGAUGUCUGUACUUGGGGGCAGGGGGUGAUUAAUGCUAAAUGCACAUUUUCUGAACAAAGUCAAAUAAAAAGUAGAUGAAAAGCAGCAGAAGGGAAAGUCGGGCAUUAUUGACUGUUUGCCGAAACAUGCAUAAAGGGCAUUGGGGGAAAAGUUAAUACUUUGAUAAUGUAGAACUACGUUUCAGGUUAAAUGCAGGAAUUAAAGGCACCUAUUGGUAUGUGGCACUAGAUGAGAUAUAGUAUAUAUAUGCUACUGUGGUGGAUUUUGAAGCACAAUUAUGUGGAAACCCACUGUUUCAAGUAUUUCAAAAUUUAAUAUAAAUUGUGGAUUAGUUUCCACUCACAGAAGUGAAUGUAAGAAGAAAUAAGUAUUUUCAUCAAUUAAUGUUGACCAGUUGAUCUUGACCUUCCUAACUUAAUUUGCAGCUUAAUAUUCCCAACUAUUACCUAUCCUCUUGCAUUUGCCUGGAAUUGAAAUUUUGUACCAUCUCAAUCAAAUCAGUGGCUUUUCUCUAUAGGAAUUAAUUUUUAAUACAUAAUCUAGUAGGUAAAGGAGUGUUUCAGCCCUGAAAUACCAAUUCCUGCUUAGGUGGAAAUGAAUGAAAAAUACUAGUUACACUGUCCCCAAACAAUUCAGUUUUAGCAAAAACAGUAACAGAUAGUUAAUGCUGUGUUCGGAACAUUCUGAAAUAGCCACUAAAAUAAGUUUUUUGCUGGUUUUUCAUUUGUUCUGAUUAUCAAGAAUUUGAUAGGUAUCGACUAUGUAUCCAUUUGUUAACUCAGGCAUACUUCCCCACAUACAGUAUGUGUGCUAUUAUACCAUAGACAUAAACUCAAAAAAAUAUGCCCCAAAGCUAACAGAGGUAAGUUUUAUCCUCCUUCUUUAGUAAUGGAGCUGGGGGUCAUCCAAUGCAGCGGAAAGGUGGGAGAUUCAGGACUGACAAAAGGAAGUACAUCUUCACACGGCAUAGAAUUAGAGAAUUCAUUACUACAUGAUGUACUCGAAGGAAACCAACUUAGAUGGCUUCAAAGGGGGAUUAGACAAAUCCAUUGAGGAUGAGACUAUUUAAUGGCUCCUAGUCAUGAUGGCUAUAUGCUACCUCCAGUAUCAGAGGCAAUCUGUCUCUGAAUAUCAGUUCCUGGGAAUCAUGUCCCAGGCCGCUGUGAGAACAGGACCCUAGACUAGAUAGGCCUUUGGUCUUACCAGCAGGGCUUUUCUUAUGCUCCUAAACCUGUUCCAGUCUCUUUGCCCACAUACAUAUACACAGUCCUUGGUACUGUGAUGCAGCACUCCAGUGUUUUUACUGUAAUUUAAUUUUAAUAUAUAGAACUGCCAUAUUAACUUUCCCCUUAUGUUCACAUUAUUUCAGGACCUCCAGGCCCAAGAGGUCCCAAGGGGGACAGAGGGCCCCAAGGCCCUACCGGCCUUACUGGGCCCAAAGGACAAAAAGGAGAAAAAGGUGAACCAGGACCACCAGGACCUCAAGGUGAAAAGGGACCGAUUGGACCAGCUGGACCACCGGGUGAAAAAGGCGGGAAAGGUUCCAGAGGUUCACCUGGAUCCAAAGGCCAGAGAGGUUCAACGGGGAAGACUGGUCUGCCAGGACCUAGUGGAGAACCAGGACUACCUGGACCACCUGGCAAAGAUGGCCCCCCUGGCCCACAGGGCCCCCCUGGACCUCAAGGUCUACAAGGAAUUGUUGGGGAGCCAGGAAUACCUGGUCCACGUGGGCUGCCUGGUCUGCCUGGUGCACCUGGAAUGCGUGGACUACAGGGCCAACCUGGUCCUCCUGGCCCACCAGGCCCAGGAAUACCGGUGGCACUACAAAGCGAGGCUAAUGGUAAGCUCUUUGCUCACAUACAUCUCUACCAGUCUGUCUGUGUCUCAAAGUGACUUAUAGUCAAAUUGUACCUGAUUUGCCCUUUAUACUUGUCAGAAAAUAGAUUUAAAGGCCGGAUUGUUAGAAAGAUAUGACUGCAGCUCUAUGAAUGGAAAUGCCAUUCAAAUUAUAUUCUGGAGUCGGUAUUGUUUGUCAAAUUGAUUGGAUUCUAAAUUGUGGAAUGUCACUGUACUACAAUACAGUGGUGUCCAGACAUUUAGGAACUGAUCACAUCAAUUCAGGUAUUUAUGGGGGCCCAAUUUCCUAUCGCUCACUGGCUGAACAAAAGUGUUCCAUGUUUCAGGUUGUCCUGUUUACUGGAAGAAUUUUUCGGGCAAUUGUUACUACUUUUCAUCGGAAAGAGCCAUUUUUGAAGACGCAAAGGCUUUCUGUGAAGAAAAAUCAUCACAUUUGGUUUUUAUAAACAGUAAAGAGGAGCAGGUAUAAACCACAUCUGAUACUCUGACAACUAGAGGUGGAACCUCAGCAACAUGGAUGUCAAAAUAUUGGUGGGGGACAGCAGGGGUUAUUACAUAGCUCAGUUUUCCAACAGUUCCAACUCCAAACUCAGUAAGGGCCUAUUUGCACAAAAGAGUGACGUGGGGAAUUUCAUGGCUGUUGCUGAUAAAGAGUACUAGUAACUUCCUUAAAAAGUGCCGACAAUGUUUAUUUUUAGGGCCAAGCUACAUGGAGCUGUGCUUCAUCUCCUGAAUUUUUCUUUUACUGAAUUGAUUAGACGUUGCCAAUUGUUGAAAACAGCAUCAGUGAGUGAGGAAGUAUCACUCUUUCCCAUCAUACUAUUUUCCCCAGUCAAAAUUCUGCCCUAUCCAUGGCAUUAUUGGCCCCAGAGGGGGAAAUAAUACCUUUUGCUUUCUAGACAGUUGAUUGUCAGUGUGACACCUGUGUGAUAUGCACCCAAAGAUCCUCUCUGGUGCCCACACAGUGCUGCUCCCCCAAAACCUCCCACCUUUGAAAUUAGGCUUGAAAAGAUAAUUCUUUUGCAGCUAAUUGAAGGCUUUUUAUCCAGCCUAACUGCUGGUGAAGGGGAGAGUGGGUAUUCACGUCUGUGGCUGUGGUGAGUGCCUGCAUGCAAGCAAGGUUGCAGUGUGUGCAUGGUGCUCACAGUAGUUCAUCCAGUUUGCAAAUGUGCCCAUGGGCACAAAAAGCUUGGCGACCCCUCUACUAGCUUGACUGAGGGUGUGGAGGUUGAUGUUGAUUGGAAAAACAGCACAAAGAAAAUGUGUUGAACAUACCCUACUCUUUCCCUCCUACUGCUUUUUACCAACUGGCAGACCUCUUCCUCAUUUCACUAAAAAGAAACAGAGGGGAGGUGGGAAUCACCCAUGGAUCUCGCAAGGCAUGUGGCUCGACUCUAUAAGGGUGCUUGCUAAUAGGCAAUUGUCUGAAGCAAAAGUGGUCACUGUUUAAUUAAUAUUUAUGUUAACUAUAAUAUGAUAAUUAAUAGGUUAUAAGCAAUGGAACUCAAAACCAUGAGUAGUCAACUUAGAAUAAAAGAGACUCAAGGGACUUUUAUGCCCAAAGACUUUACAUGUUUUGAGAUAUGGAAUAACGCAACCAGUACUUUCUUCUGUACACAGCAAUGGCUAAAAAAACAGGUUGUUGCAAAAGGCAGCUUCUGGAUUGGCCUCACGGACUCAGUGAAAGAAGAUGAAUGGCGAUGGCUGGAUGGAACCUUACCAGAAUAUAUGUACGUGUAGGAAGGAUAUGAAUUGUUCUUUGUUUUUGCUACUGUUCUUGCUAUUGGAUUUUUUAUUUGUCACCAUGCAGACAGGAUGCUGCAGAUGGGAAAGAUUGCUGCAACCCUCUGAAGAAAUGCUUUACCAUGAAAUGUUGUUAUCUUUUGCUCUUCUAUACUCAGGCUUUCUCUCUGUUGUAUUCACAAGGUUUUGUUUUCUUGCCAAAAAAGAAGAUGGAUCAUUGAGUAAAAGAAUCAUAGAACCAUAAUAAGCCAAGUUUGUUAUGGAAUUUUAUUGCAAACUGGGGAUAGAGUAAUCACAGAUUUUUUUUUUCCUUGGACUCAUUCUUCAUUUUUUAAUAAUUUGUAUUACAACUGCCCAUAAAGAGAGGCCAUAAUGUUACAGGAAAAUAUUCUCUCUUAUUUUCAUUGAAACUUACUAGAAGAUCAAACUGAGCAAGCUCCUUUUAAACUGUAAUCAGGGUGUUCAAUGUUUCAUUUAGGGCCAAUGUUGGAUCACAGAAACUGAAAUCUGUUAUUCCCACCAAGUGAAAUAAUGCCUGUCUCCUUCAGUCACAAUCUGUCUAACAUUUGGCACUUUGUUAAGGAUGUAACACAAAAUUGGCUAGCGCUGUCUUAUCUUGAUGAAAUCCCCAGUUAGUUAACUGAAACCACCUUCCUAAAACAAGCAUAACUCAACAUGAAGUUAAAUCUUUGAAUUCUCAGUGUUCUAGAUCUUUGAAGAUUUAGUGUUCAAUCUUUGAGAGCAAAUGGCCAUGUGAAGUCAGCAAAGGUGAUACCUCUAAAUUCACAUUCUGUCUCUCUCAACACACCCUGAGCCUUUCGUAUCUUUCUAUGAAUCCUAUGUGUAUAUAAAUAUUAGAACAUAGUAUCCUUCCACUUCUCUUUAACCCCGUCAGGUUAGCAGGCUUUUUAUUGAAUUUUCAAAAAAGAAACGAAAACAGUCAAAUAAUACAAACUAAAUUAGAAUAAAUCAAGUCCAUACCAAAUCAGUGGUUAGACAUCCAAGCAAAUAGAUUUGUAUGAAGAGUCUAUAUAUUAGGGAACUUCCUAUCUUCAUUGUGUUUAUGGAAAGUCACCUUCUCAUCUGCUACCGGUUGAGUCAUGUCCUCUGUCCACAGUAUGAUGAGGAGGGGGGCAGGUGGAACAGACUGCUGCUUCCAGUAUUGAUGCAUUAGACAUUUAUCAACAAUGAGUGCCUUUAGAAGCAGUUAAAGUAUCCUUCAAUAGAAUAUUAACAUCUAUAAAUCAAUGAGCUAUGCUUGAGGUGUGCCAUAUCUGGAUAGAAAGGCAAAGGAAAGUAUAUUUUAGUUUAUAAAUUAUAAAUAUGCUAUGCUUGAUUCUAAUACAAAGGGCUCACAUUUCUGUGAAUCUGCCAUAGUAUGUGGGGAUAAAGUAUAUAGGGCUGUAUAGUGGGAGUUUGCUUGCAUAUUGCAUGGGAGGUAAGGAAGUGGAUAUGAUAAUACAGCCCAAGUCACAUAAAAACAAAAUAUGAAAGAAGUUUAAAUAUGAGAGUUUUGAAACUGUACCUAACUUGCAGUUUCACAGGCAGAAAGCCAGGCACGCAGAGCUGCUUCUACUUUCUAUUGAGCCACAGAUUGAAACUGUCUUCAUUUUUAGUAUAGAGUGCAAUUUAGGGAAGUACACUUGCUGUUUAUCAUCUGAAAUCUGGGAGGGUCUGAAUUUAUCUGAAUCCAAAUUGCCAUUUUAUUUCUCUCUCUUUCAAAUGCAGAAGGCAUAGACACGUGUGACUUUUUAUGCAGCACCUCUGAACUUUUUCUGGUGUUUAUCUUAUGUUGUAUUUUGCAUGUUCCUUUGUGAUCAGUCACUUCAGCUAAAUGUAAUUGUUUUUUUCUAGAAAACUUGGUGCCUUCCCAAAAUGUCACUCAGACUCCAUGAGCUGGACAAGCAUGUUCUUGAAUCCUUAUAUUAUUUAGCUUUGCGUGCUGUGCCAUCCACUUCAGCCAGCAAUCACAGCCCUGCACUUAAUAAGCUGUUUCUUCAACACAGAUGAUCCUUUAAAAUCCUGAGAUUGGCAGCACAGUCCAUUUAAUAAAUCAAGUGAUUUUGGGCCCAUCAUGUAAAAUUUUCAGCAGAAUACUAACUUACUUUGUAAAGGCUAAAGGACUUUAAAAAUUGUUGGGAUUUUUGUUCAUUUCCAAUCUGAAAUGUAAUUUGCUACGCAAACAGUAUAUUUUUCUUCCAAAGGUGCAACAGAGGGUUGAAGAAACAUAUGCAGAAAAGCCAUCUUUGCCAAAGUGUUGGCUGGUUAACUGUGAAUAUGCCUUGGGUUUAUGGUAUUUUAAAACUCUUUAUUUUCUGCUUCUUUCCGUGUGUUGGAUAACAAGACACUACCAGUUUGCUUUGAUUUGGGGAUGCAUAUGCAAAUCCAGCAGGAAGACAUCCUUAUGUCACAGUAGCUUAUCUGCAGCUGCAGAGGAAGCAGCUAAAUGCUGCCCCAUGACUACUCCACCCCCUUCUUAUGCAUCCUUGUCCAUCCCCAAAUCAGAACAAAGUUCAUUGGACUAAUUUUAGGUCUCUGAGCUUCGGCAGCUUGUUGAAUUGAUUCUCUUCUCUGCAGCCCAGAUGUUUUCCAUUUCCAGGAAGAGUCAUGCAUUGUUUGUUAUAAGGAGUAUGUUUUCUGCUCAGAACAGACUGUCGUUAUUUUGUUUUUGUUUUUAUUAUUCUCAUCUGUCCCAGUAUCACAUGAUGGUUUGCUAUUUGUUUUGCGGAAUGAUCUAUUUUCUGUUUUGUUGAAAGAAACUGGAGCGCAGGACAACCCGAUAACUGGAAACAUGGCCAUGGACCUGGGGAAGAUUGUGCUGGGUUAAUCCAUGCUGGGCUUUGGAACGACUUUCACUGUGAAGAUGUUAACAGUUUUAUUUGUGAGCAGGAGAUGGACAAAGGUAUGCUAGAACCUUGACUAGGAUCAAUUCUCAUUUGCUACAUCGGCCAAACCCCAAGCCAAGUUUAAACAGCUGGAAAAAGAGGGGACCCAGUCCUCUAUGCAUAUGACUAGUUGGUUGGAAGCCCUUAGAAGAGGAUCGCAGUUCAACCCAGUCAUGUACAGAUCAAAGCUUAUUUAUAGUUCAGUUUCUAUUGUUCAAGCCAUUGAGGUUUUAAGGUGCUGGCAGGAAUCCAGAGACUGUGCAGCCCCUCUAGUCCCCCUCCCACACUUUGGAAAUAUGAGCUCCAUGUAUUUUCCACAGUUCGUGUCCAAAAAUAUACCCACCUCUUCAUGAAGCAAAAUCUAUACAAUAGAUUUCUCUUUCCAAGUUACCACAUAAGGACACCUUGAUGCAUGUUCAGGAUUCAGAAAUACAAGUAUAGCUUUAGCCACAACAACCUGGGGUAUAUACCGUCCACAAGAUUCAGUUUCAAUACUAGAAGGCACAAAUUCAGUAUAAAGUGCUUUGAAGGCUGUUCAGUUUAGUCCAAAUCCCAGUUCAGUAAACUGAAUUGUCUUUCCCAUUCACUAUUACUGAAAAAUUUAAAAAUAGUUGUAACUUUUUAUCCUUUGGAAAGAAUUAGAUGAAAUUUUCAGACAUAAUAGCCUCUCCUGAAUGGAUAAAGUCCAACGAAUUGCAUUUUUUCCAGGUUUUGUGUUUUGUUUUUGUGUUGGGCAUCUUUACAUGUUUGCUUUGUACAAGAAACAAAUGUUAAUUUUUUUGUAACUUUUGGGCAGAAUUGGAUCAAAUUUGCAUGCCAUUAGCCUCUUCUGAGGUGAUGAAUUCUCCUCUUACUGUUUUUUAAAAAACAGAUAUUAUGUUUAUAGCACUUUAAUGCAUUGCUUUUCCUUUCCUGCUUUAGCUGAAGCUCUGGGAUUGUAAUAGGCUGUGAACCUUAUAAGAGACACAAAUGAGUGAGAUUUCCUGAAUGAUGACGUAUCCUCUGGGACAGAACCAUCACCCAACCAAAAGGGGGAGCACUGAGAACAUUGAUGAAAAUAAUUCAUCAGCACAAUUCGUCCGCCUUAUCUUCUAAUUUUUCAGGGGCUUAACAACGUUGCACAAACGCGUCAAUUGGAAAUACAAUUGGACUAAACCAGCUAUAGAUCCUCUUCAACCACAAAACAUACAGAUGCUGAAGAUUUAUAAAACAAUGGACUAUGCCAAGAUGAUUACAAAUCAUGACUUUUCCACAGGAAGAAAAAAAAGAAUACAAACCUACUGUGUAAACACAAUAGCCACUUGCUAAAAUCCCAAAUACUGGCAAAUUAUAUAAAUAUACAUUUAUAAAUAUAUAUAAAUUUUAUAUAUAAAUAUAUAUAGGCCAAUUCUGAUCAGUAAUAUAGAAUAUACUUUUAAAAUUUUUGUAUUUUUGUACAAAAUAUUUGCUUACUACAAUGGUCUUUUUAACUGCCUUUUUAUAUAAAUAUAGUACACAGAAACCAAAGAAAAUAGCAGUGAUACUACUUAUAAUUCACUAGAAAUGAUUGUCAGGUAUAAGUCUCAUCAGUUUAAAACACAGUUUCGUUUUACAGAUAAAUAUAUAUGCCAGAUAAAUUACCCUAGUUUAAUAACUUUUGAAGUUGACUGUAGGUGGCAUUUGCCAUAUUUUAGCAGUCAUCACCAACCUGGUGCCCUUCACAUGUUUGGGGCCAUAGCAGUGCUGGCUGGGACUGAUGGGGAUUCUAGUGCAAAACAUCUGGAUUCCACCGCAUUGGCUAAGCCCGGCAUAGAACAAGUUGUGAUCCCAAAGAUAGAUAUGAUGUGGUUGUCUAAUACCAUUUUUCUGAUUUGGUUCCAUUUCAUGUGAUGGAAUGACUGCAAGAUAUGCAGAGUAAACCAUGUACGGAUGGGAGCCUAACAACUGCUACAAUGCUGUCUUCAAAGAAGUGGGGUCACCAAUGAGUGCAGAGGCCAGAACUCAGUAGCGGAGCAGAUUCUUUGCAUGCAGAAGGUCUCAGGCUUAGUCUCUAGUAUUUCCAAUUCAAAGGAUCAGUAGAUAGUGAUGGAGAUGACCUCUGCUAAAGACCUUGGACAACUACUUAUACUGGGCCAGAUGAACAAAUAGUCUCAACUGUUUUAAGGCAGAUUCCUACAUUCCUGUUAUCUCCUUCCUAUCUAGAAGGUUUGUGUUGCCAAGAACUCAACUGUAAUACAGACAAAUGGAAACGUAAAGCCAAACUAGACAGUUCAUGCAGUUCAAUGUGUGUAACUUGUCCUCAAUGUCUUUUGGGUUGGUUGGUUGGUUGGUUGGUUGGUUGGCUUACCCCAAAAAUAUUUGAGAGGAGCUAAUGGGCAAUGGAACAACAGUACCCUUUCCUUUUUAGCCAUGUUUCCGCUCCAAUCAGUUCCUCCAAGCUGCACCUCUUUUCUCGGCUGGGAAGAAUGGCGUCUUAUGGGAUAGAUUAAGUGCCUCCUUUCCCAGUGCUGCUCCUCUGCUACUUGACAACCAUUCCAAAAGGGGUUUUUUAUAAAGACACUGAAGAGAACUUAUAGGCAUCUGCUUCUAGUUUGGUCCUCAGCUGGCACAAAUACUGGCAUUAAGACUUCCUGUGCAAGCAUAAUGUUCAGGAAUGAAUUUUGCUUCAAGUAAAUUUUGUGCUCAAAAUAAAUGACAUGUCGCACAUUUUGACCUU